GGCUUCUGUGACAACGGGCGGGGUUAGGAAGGUAUUUCUGAUGGACACGCCCAUACAAGGCGGGGCUUGGCGCCGGCUCGGGAAAUGAUGUCCACGGGAUGCGAGACCCUGUGAGUCAACCCAAAAAAGGCAAGAGCUCAGCGGCUGGGAGGAGGGGGCACGACUGGAGGUAAGCGAGAGCGGGAGAUAGGAGCGGACAGCUUCCUCUCCCUCUACAGCCUAACUUUCUGUCUGGGACCAUGAUACUGGGCAUGGGAUGGGAAACCGAUACUGGGCAUGGGGGUGGCACAGAGACCCUGCUACAGGGCAUGGGGGGGCACAGAGACACUGAUACUGGGCAGCAUGGGGGCACAGAGAAACUGAUACUGGGCAUAGGGGGGGCACAGAGAAACUGAUACUGGGCAUAGGGGGGGCACAGAGAAACUGAUACUGGGCAUAGGGGGGCCACAGAGAAACUGAUACUGGGCAUAGGGGGGCACAGAGAAACUGAUACUGGGCAUAGGGGGGCACAGAGAAACUGAUACUGGGCAGCAUGGGGGCACAGAGAAACUGAUACUGGGCAUAGGGGGGCACAGAUAAACUGAUACUGGGCAGCAUGGGGGCACAGAUAAACUGAUACUGGGCAGCAUGGGGACACAGAGAAACUGAUACUGGGCAUGGGGGGCACAGAGAACUGAUACUGGGCAUGGGGGGGGCACAGAGAAACUGAUACUGGGCAGCAUGGGGGCACAGAUAAACUGAUACUAGGCAUGGAGAUUGGGGCACAGAGAUACUGGUACUGGGCAUGGGAUGGGGGGUUGACAGGAUCAUUACCUAAUAUCCCUGAGCUGGACAUCUGCAGCCCUCCCUGAUCCUAGACAAAAAAAAACCAUUAAGAGAAGCCGAAUUGCUUAAUCGAGAGAGAGAGAGAGUGUACACACACUGAGCCAUUAUAAAGUAACACCUCCUUUCAAACCAGUUACUCAUUUAGAAAUGGAAAAACAUCUGUCAAGGUUGGUAUCGCUCUAGCCCUAAACCAUUGAGAGAGAGAUAAUACUUAGUAGUUUAUAUCCAAAUUCAUGUCACACCCCAGGCUUGCCAUCUAAUACAAUUUAUUUACAUUUCUAAAUUGUAGGGGUAAAGUUCAAAAUCAAACUAAUUAAAAAAACAAAACAAACCCCCCCCCCCCCUAAUUUCUAUAUCUAUACCUAUCUUUAUAAUAACUCUCAAAAAAGAUAAAAUAUCACUCAGUCCUAGAAACGCUGGCAGUCACUUUGUCAGAACGCUGAUAGCUAUAUAAAUUUAGAAAGGAAUGAUCACAUAAUGUAAGUUAUAGGUAAUUUCCAAUGUUUUAUUCAGGAGUGUAAAUUCCAGAAAAGUAACACUUCCCCUUUAAACAGCAGGUGGGUAAUCUGCUUAAUUGAAGGGGUCCAGCAUGUCCUUAAAAGAAAUCCUGGAAUACUGCUCACAUACACUGUGCCGAACAAGUUUUUACAGCUGUGUUCCGAGUAUGUUUUUGGUACUGGAAACGAUAAGUCUGUAUAUCAUCUAAGAAAGCAGAAACAUAUCAGAGAUUCCAGCUUUUAGACCCUAGGGAAAUUGGGGGGAAACUAAAAAUAUUUAUUCUCAAAAACUAUAAAUCUGUUGAAAUUUCCCAGCUCUGCUAUGUUCAAGCUUAGCUUUUUCAGUCUCACAUUUGCUAUUCGGAAUAAAUGGGCGCUAUAUAAAUGCCAAUAAUAAUAAUAAUUAACUGGAAGUUUAAUGAAUAACUGUAACGGAGAAGAACUAAUACUACAAGUAAACCAGUGGACAAAUUUAAUUAUUUUCAGAUAUUAAUCAGAAAUGGACAUAUUUAAAAUCUGGUGAUGAAAUGGGACAUUUAUGGGUAACUGUGAAAGAAACUAGCUCUUAUUUUAAAUGCAAAAAGAGGUACCUGCCAUUAAAGUUUGCAUCUUAUAGUGUUUUUUGGGUCUCCCUCCAGUUUCACCAUAAUAGAACCUUUCCUGUAGUUUCUGCACAGCAGGAGAUUAUGUGAUGAAUUGUUUUUACCCAUGAGCAGUUUUAUGCAUCACUUGAUGAGUGGAACUGAUCAGCAAACUGAUUCAGAUUUAUCACUGCAUAGUAAAGGGCUGUGUUAACCCCUUAAGGACCAAACAUCUGGAAUAAAAGGGAAUCAUGACGUCACACAUGCCAUGUGUCCUUAAGGGUUUAAAGGGACACUAUAAGCAUCGAAACGAAGUAGUUUUGGUGUAUAGAUCAUGCCCAUGCAGUCUCUGCUCAAUUAUCAUUACUAUUUACUUGUGUCAAAUCUGUGGCUUGCUAUAGAGAAAGAUUGGAAUGGAACAUGCGCAGAACGGAACAUGCGCAGCAAUUAGCACAUUCCUCCACUCUGAACUACAGUUCAAAGCAAGUUAGGCAGCAAACACCACCAGCUGUCUGUUUGACAUCCAGGAGAUCUUACUAUGGGGAUUUCUAAAAGUUCCAAUUUCUCUUGAAAUUGGCACUUUUAUAAGAUAAGCCAGAAAGUAAACCAAGCUUGAGUUUUAUUUGAAAUUCAUGGUUUGGGGGAAAAACUGCAAUCAAGCACUCAUAGCACCAUAAACACUGCAAUAGUCCAUGGUGACUAUGGUGCAUAGACUGCCCCUUUAAGAUCAAAUAGUUUAAAUGAGCAAUUUCAAAAUUAAGUUAUAUUUGUGUGCUUUUGCUAUUUCGACAGAUAAAACAGGCACACAUAGCUACUGCUAAAUUCUUUUUUCCCCUAAAUAACAUUUUUAUUUACUGAAGCCAAUUUUCAGUGGCACAAAAAUGCUCCAAAACCAUGAUCGAAAAUGUAAAUAUAAUCAAAUUUAUAUAUUUGGUUUUCUUCAGAAGGCCCCUCCCUGAUAAUAAUUAAAUUUUAGAUAAAAGCCUGUAGGGAUUUACGUGGAUAUAUCAUUAUAUCGUGGCUGAACUAGGGAGGGAGAAGAGUGCAGUUUAUUUUAAUAUUGGAAACACCCUGAGCACAGGCCAUCAAUGUAGUGGAAUGAAAAAGUAGGGUAUUUGUCAUUCACUGGCCCUUGGUGUAUAGAUUUUCUAGUUGGUAGGAUUAGUUAAGUAACACUCCGAUUGUCAGCACCCCUGACUAGCCCAUUAAGGAAAAACUUUUUGAGUCAUGUGGUGUGAUUAUUUCUACAGUAAGAAAAUAAUUGACCUGUUUAGAAUUAUAUUCACUCUAACUUACCAAUACUGUAGUUGGACUAACAGAGGUAAAGGGUUCUGUAGGUAAUGUUGUAUAUCUGAUAUCUGGCUAGAAACUAAAUACAUAUAUGAACGGAGUGCAAUGUGCAGAAAGAGAUCCUCAGCAUAUUUUUUAAAGGAACACUAAAGUCACCAGAACAACUACAGCUUAUUGAAUUUGUUCUGGUGAUUAGAAUCAUUACCUUCAGGCUUUUUGCUGUAAACACUGUCUUUUCAGAGCAAAUGCCGUGUUUACAUUACAGCCUAGUGAUAACUUUACGGGCCACUCCUCAUAUGGCUACAAGAGGUGCUGCCUAGUGUGCAGUAAUGCCAUUAAGUGUAUCCUCCCUCUGCAUGCAGACACUUAACUUUCCUCAUAGAGAGACACUGAUUCAAUUAAUUUCUAUGAGGAGAAGCUGAUUGGCCAGGGCUGUGUUCGAAUCAUGCUGGCUCUGCCCCUGAUCUGCCUCUUUGUCAGUCUCAGCCAAUCCUAUGGGGAAGCAUUGUGAUUUGCUCGGACCACCACUUCUGAUGAUAUCAGUAGACAGCAGGCAGGUCAGAGGCAGUUCAGGGGCAGAGGCAGAAACUGCAGACUUGAGUACAAGUAAAAUUUUACUGUAUUUAGGGAAAUAAGGGGGGGCAGAUGGUGGUUUUAACAAAUAGUGUCAGGAAUACAGGUUUGUGUUCCUGACCCUAUAGUGUUCCUUUAUCGCAUUAUAUAAAUCAGGGCUCGGCAGGUCACCAUGUCGACUUGGAAGUUUGGCCUGGCACCUGGGAUUGUGGGCCCUCUCAGCCCCCGAGGUGACUGGCUGCCUGAGAUCGAAGGCAGGCUUGCAGGCAGCUCAUGGGGAAUGUGGAGGUGAUGACAGAACUGUAAUCUUCCUUCUCUGCGCCCUCGUGCGCCCCGCAGUGAUGUCAGGAACUAGAAUAUAACGUCAUUCUGGCCCCAGCAUACUACACAGAGCACAAGGGCUGAGCAGAAUAACCAGUUUGGGAAAAACAGCUGAUUUGGAGAAUUUGUUUUUGCUUUUUUUAAUGUAACAGUACCAUAGGCUACUACCACCUAUUAUUAUUAUUAUUCCCUGUGUAUUUGGUUACCAAAAGCGUUUAACAUACUGAUUCAGUGCAGGUGGGGUAGGUUGACCACAAUGGAUAGUUGACUCGGAGUGCGCUCUGUAAAAAAGGGGAUUCUAAAGGUGACCGUGCAACACAAAAACACACUGCAUUUUCUUUGAAUCUGGUGUUUAGUUUCUCUAUAACGGGGGGAAAAGGUAACUAGGUCAGAUUGAAAAGAUAUUAGCCCUAAAUCGGAAUCAGGAACUGUAGGGAGUUAAGAUAUAAUCUCCUUACAUGGCACACCACUUUUAUAAUUUUAGUAUCCCAUUUAUCUGUUCAAGGUUUAAUUUUAAUUUUAAUCUUAUUGAAUUAGUUUAUUGAAAUACAACUGACAAUCCCUAGAUACAUGAUUUAUAUAGCCUGCACUACAUGUCUUGUUGGCUAACUGUUGUAUUAAUUACCGGACCAGGUACUGGACCAGAGAAAGCACGGAUAUAUUUAUAUCUGUAGACCUUAACACAACUUUUGCAAUUGUUGCCAGACUGGCAAAGCUUUCCUGGGUAAAUAUUACUUCAUCGCAUUUUCAGCCAGCAAGAUAAAUAUGCUGACCUGUAGCAUGCAGCAUCAUAUAUGAACACGAUUCACUAAUUAAAGUAAUUCCCAAAGGCACUGCCUUAAUUAAGUAGUAAUAUUUUUCUGCUGUAUAAGAAUUCUACAUAAUAAAAUGCAGCUCUUUUCAUGUACUGCCAAUCACCCUGAAAGAGUUUUUAAUCCCUUAAGGACCAAACUUCUGGAAUAAAAGGGAAUCCUGACAUGUCACACAUGUCAUGUGUCCUUAAGGGGUUCAUGUGUACAGAAAAUCCAUGUUAGAUUUGACAGGCCUAGCUUUUAGCCCACUUGAGUUCUUCUCUGGCCGGCUGUAUGAGUAGGCCAGACCGGUGCUAGGCGUAGCAGGAUGUCACAAAAAGCAGUCCAGUGCUAUUGACACAUGUGUAUAAUAUGGUUUUCCUGUCCUACAUGACUUUCAACACUCUACGUAGUUAAAACUGCAUCUUAGCCAUUUGCAUUAAGAAAUACAAAUGUUGGGACAUUAAUUACAUUAUGAAACAGACUGCAAAGUGUUUGGCUUUGUCAGUUCUCUUUCUUAACCGCAACACUGCCGAGUUCCAUUUUUUAGUAGCAGAAAUAAAAAAUAAUCAUAUAUAAAUAAAAUGUACAUCAUGUAUGACAAUCAUGUGUAAAAUGUAUAUUAAAGGGGCUCUCCAAACUCUGUGCCCAUUACAUCCUAUUGUGGUUACGUUUCAGUGCUUAUUAGAGGUCCAAUUGUUUGUAUGGAAAACAAGCAAUGGACUGCACUAUCUCACUACUGUGGUUACCCUCUAUAUUUUCAGAUUUUUUUUUGUGAUGACUUGAGCACACUUCUCGUGCUUUUGCUGUUAAAUGCAGACCUUUUAGCACCUGUUGUAGAGGAGGAUUUUUGGUGAGGCUAAAUUACCAUUAAAGUUGAAAACAAUGGCGGGAUCUCUUACUGAGAAUUAAUACCGCCACAGGUCUUCAAUUAAAGAGGCCCUGUCACUUUUUGUCAUGAUUUGCAAAGUCCUCAGAUGCUGGGUGGCCUGUCGGUGCAGUGAAGGGGAGAUGUACUUACCGGAUGCUAUCCCACGCAGGUGCCGUCAUCUUUUUUUCUUCAGUUCCUGGUGCUUCAUCCGCGUGUGAGAUGUCUAUGGAGGAUUCAGCGAGACCGCGGGAGUCUCUAUGGAUGUUGUCUCGCAAUGAGUGAGACAAUGCCUUUUCCCACAGCUGUCACUGUAAUGGCUGGGGAAAUGACAAAUCUUAACAGUGGUAGCUCCACUUUUUGUCAAGUUUUCUUAAACAAAGGAAAUCUAUACAAGACAAAGUAGUCCCUAUUUCAGUUAAAUUCCAAAACUGUCUUUAUGAGUAUUUAUGAACUCCUUUAAUGUUAAAUUGCUUUGUUCCACAAUAGCCACAACAGCAAGGUUAAUGAUGGAGUGCAGUAAUGAAAAUGCCUAGCAUAUUUUGUUCCUGGGACAUUUCUUACGAUUAUGACAAAACAAUUCCGCUAUUUUGGCGUUAAAUUUUUAAUUUACUUUGAAUUCCUGACCAUUUACAUUUUGCUACAUAACUCUGUACAUUUCAAGUUUUUUGUAAACCGUUUUCAAACACCGUAGAGACUACACCCAUAACCUCCCAGUUCAUGAACACCACAACAAGCUGUUGUGGUUAUGGUGCUUGGAGUACCACUUUAAUAUUGCUGGAAUUGAGCAGAUUCAUUCCUAAAAACAUUUAUAUCAGAAUAAUUAAUAAAACUUUUAGUGCAGUUUUUAGUCCUGUUUUAAAUAAAGCCCAAAAUGUGUUAUGAUAACACGACUUCCUUAAAUAGCGUGCGUGAAAUGAUAAUGGUUAUGUGUACACUGUUUCUGCAACAUUUUGUUCUUGCAAAAGAGAAGCUUUAGGGCAAAUAAAUGUAUGUUCUCCUUUAGUGCUUUAAAUCAGCUGUCUGUUCACUCACCCACAAACCACUUUACAUUGUUUCUCAUAUGUUUGCAAUUCGAGCUCAUUAUUAUUAAACUUAUUACUCAAUAAAGAACCAAACAUUCUAUUGUUACCACAAUAGAUUGGGAAAGAUAAACUUAUACAGCUUUUAUAUGAUUUUCUGAAAGGUGUGAUACACACAGACACACACAUACACUGAUUAGCAACUACACUAAAUCCAGGUAAAGUGAAUAACAUGGAUUAUAUCGUUACAAUGGCACCUGUCAAUGGGCGGGAUAUAAAAGGCAGCAAGUGAACUGUCAGUUCUUGCAUUUCAUGUGUUGGAAGCAGGAAACAUGGGCAAGCAAAAAGAUCUGAGUGACAUUGAAGAGGGCGAAAUAGUGAUGGCUAGACGACUGAAGGUAUACCAAAGCUUGUUGGUUUGGUAUACUACAUAUAUCGAUAUUAAUAUGAUUGUGUUAGUUCUGACUUUUUGUAGGUCUUCCUGGAUUUUAGAUAUUGAGGUUCCCCCUUGCAUCUCUGUGGGGCAGAGAUGGCCAACAAGUAGCCCCCCUCUGGCUGUUUUUAUAGACUUAUUACCCCUUUGGAGAUUUGCUAAUACAUCUCUUUUUUACACAAACCAGAAUAUCCGAAAUAAACUAUCUUGGGUAACAACUGGAGAUUCGAUUACAAACUAUGCUCAUACAACGUGUAGGCCAGCCCUUACUUCUAAGUAGCAGGUUUUUGGCUAUAACAAUGUUUAUUUUGCCCCGUCUCUGAAAUUAAACCAGUCUGUGGAAUACUUUCACCGUUGUAACAGGACCUAUAGAGUUAAAGGGAUACUAUAGUGACUGGAAUAAAAAGCUGUAUUCUUGGCACUAUCGCUCACGCUGCCCCCUUUUAAAAUGAACGAUUAAAAACCAUUUAUUUACUUACCCUAUCCCAGCACUGGGUAGAUGCUCCGCCCCCUUCGACGUCUCACAACAAAUUAAUGCUUUCCUAUGAGGAAAAGUCUGAUGCUGAUUGUCCUCAUGCAGAUGGUGUGUACGUCCAGCAUCAGAUACCGGACCAAAGGUCCAUUUCUAUCCAGGAAGUGCCUCCAUUGGCCUGGUAGCCAGCGACUGGAAGCAGACUUAGUGCUGCAAUGUAAACAUGGCAGAUUCUCUGGAACGGCAGUUUUCAACAAUGCAGCACUAAGUGCAAUAGGGACACUGUACACAGACCACUUCAAUGAGCUGAAGUGGUCUUGGUGCCUUUUGUGUUCAUUUAAAGCUGUACUCCUAUUGCAUCCUGUGAGUCUGUUUGAUCAUCCACAUGUAAUAUUGCCAUAUGCACAAUAAGAUGCUAUUGACACACUUUGUACAAAAACAUUUCUGAUUCCAUAAGUUGUCACUGGCAGGAUUUCUGGUAAAGGCUGUAAGACUAUGGUGCAAUGUGUUGGUGAAUGCUCUGCAAAUUGCUGCAGUGUCCCUACAGUACUUUGUAUCUUGCAGAUCUUUUAAAUGAUAAAAAUCUUAUCUUCAUGAAAAAAACUAAAAGCGACAAUACCACUUGUUGGGUUAGGACAGAAUGGAACCUGUCGAAAUCUGAUAAUGUGCAGUUGUGGUAGACUUGUGUAGCUAUCACCAUAUUUUGUAACUAAAUCCCUAUUAUUUUCCCUAAAACCUGGAACUUCAUACACUUGAUAAACUUUAACGCUGGCUUUGAAUGUAGUGUGUGGUUUUUUGCAUCUCAAAAGGAAAGCGUUUUAUGUAAGACAUUAUAGAAAGUAUUCAUCUCCCACAAAAUCUAAAACGCAACCCACUUCAGAGGGCAACAUCAAUACACAAGGAAGAUGGAAGAUGACGCAUUGAAAUGAAUAGAUUGGUUAUAUAAAAUGUUAAUCAGUUUUACAGCACCACAUUUGCCCUGAAACUCAAACCAUUUUUUAAAGUGCAGCUGUUAUGCAAAAAUUACUGUGGCAAAUUGAAAGGUUUAUUACAUACAUUGUGUCAUGUUCAGUUGCUUACAAAUGCAUAGGUGAAAGAUUAUUUUGAACGUAAUCUUCAACAUUUAUCUUUUUGCUUCUAAAGUAAUGUGUAAAUGUGAACGCAAAAAAUCUGUACCUGGAGUGAGCUUAGUGCUUCUGGUACAGAAAAGGAUCUCGCAAUCUGUUUUGAGGAUGCAUAUAUAUAUAUGAGCGGUUUCCAGUGUGUCUUUAGUGCUGCAGGUAAAUGAGUGGAUUAUAAAGUGUGGUUUGGACUGCAUGUAUGUGGGGUGAUGCCACAGUGCUUUUAGGACUGCAUGUACUAGAGGGGAUCCAAGAACAUGUUUAGGACUGCAUGUAUAUGAGGAAACAUAGAAUGUGACGGCAGAUAAGAACAAUUCGACCCAUCUAGUCUGCCCAAUUUUCUAAAUACUUUCAUUAGUCCCUGGUCUUAUCUUAUAACUAGGAUAGCCUUAUAGUAAAAAACAAAGGGAAAAAAAGUUACCUGCGCCCUCUCCUUAAUCCCUAUGUAUAUUUAAACAAAUGGAGGUCAUUUAGUUGCUCCAAUGGCCACUGGAGGGAAUGCCUGCCUGCCAACGUCAAGGCAGACCCCCCUAGACGGGUCCUACUCUGACCCUUUACCUUGCUUCCUUGAGCUUCUUGGCCAAAAUCUCUAAUGACACAGAAAGGGGUAUUUUAUAUAUACCCCUAUAUACUUGUUAGCCCUUGAUAGGGAACACAUGGGAUGGGCGGCAGCAUUGUAACCUAGCUGUGUGAUACAAAAAGUGAAUACAAAAAGAGAAGUCCUGCUCUCACUCCCAUCACUCCUGGGCGGCAGCAAUGACCACCAAAAUGGUAAAUGUACAGAAUAUCAGCAAGUUAUCGGCCUGAAAGUUCACAGAUUAUCGGUAUCGGCUCUACAAAAACAAUAUUGGUCGACCCCUAAUACACAAUCACAGACCCAAACACAUACAGACAUGAUUACUGGCAUACACACACCUUUAGUGAUUAAGAGGACCACCCAGGCUCCCUAAAUUGCUCUGGUGGCCAGUGGGUGCUGUUGUGAUGGGAUCACUGUGAUCUUCCUGCACAGGUGCCUUGCGAACCAGUAGUGGUGGUGCCAGAAUACCGUCGCCUGCUGGCUCAAUGCAGGGCGCGUGAGAGAGGGAGCUGUGCAGAAAUAGCACAAAAGGUAAUGGGCUUCCUGAAUCCCUAGCCGGACUGCAACUGGGCCGCAUUAGUAGCUGUUCAGGGCCGUGGGUUUGACACACUUGUCUAGCUAGAAGAUAAAUCUCUCACAACUUGCAAACCCGACUAUUAAAGGAACACUAUAGCAUUAGGAAUGAAAACAUGUAUUCCAAACCCUAACUAUUUUGGUGUCGGCCCCCUCCCCCUGUGGUUUAAAAGGUGAAUUUGAAUUAUCUUUACCUUUAUGGAUACAACUAAAAAGCCACUGCACCUAAACUGCUUUAUUGAGAUGAAGUGGUCUGGGUUCUUUUAACCAGCGAAUGUGAGUUUACUGGCCAGUUGGAUCUGUUUACACUAAUAGUGGUUAUGCCGGCUGCUACUAGGUGGAAGCAAUUUGGUAUUUUCUUUUCAUUUUCAAGUUUUUUUUUGUUUUUUUUUUAUACAUCUACAUCAACAAUUCUUUUCUGCUUGUAAAAUCAGAAUGUUCUGCAAGACUUAUAAACAGCCAAAACUGGAUUUACAUCUGAAAAUACACUGAAAUAACCCUUGUUGGAAAUGAAUUCUUCAGACUAAAAUAGCAGAGAUGAUGAAAUUGUUGCUCCGUUCAGCUAUUUUUGACUAAAACUUGCUGCUACCUAAUUCAUUUUUCCCAAUUGCCAUUUUAUUGAGUAUAAAUAUAGGGUCCAACAUCAAGACUAUGAGCUUGUUUAAGCAGGGUCCUAAUCUACCUCUUGUUCCGCUAUCAUAUUGGAACUGUCUCAUUUAUUGUUAAAUCUCCCCCCAUUCAGAAUAUUGUAAUGUGCUGCGGAAUAAGUUGGCGCUAUAUAAAUACCAAUAAUAAUAACCAAGUUACUUUAUGCGAUAGUUCACCUUAAAGGGAAUUUGUUGGGAAUUCGAAAAUCUUGACUAUGAUUUCCUAAUUGGAAAAAUUAUAUAUUCCAUUGUAUUUUGGCCUAAGACCUGAAAUCCCUAUAAAUUCAUGCUGGGAAGGACCCAUUGGACCUGAAAGCUCAAAUGCUUUGAGGUCCAACGGGUCAUUCGCAGCAUGAAUUGCCAAAUGCUUAUAAAAUGUGAACCAAUAUUUGGUAUUUACUUAAUAAAGAAACCUCUUGAGUUUGCAUGCUGGGUAAAUAUGCACUUGCCAAAUGCACACAAGUUCAGUGACGUAGUGGUCCAGAAUGGUAAAACGGUAGAAUUUCUGCAUAGGGCUGAAACAAUAAGAAAUACCUACCAGAAUUUGCAGAGAGUGCCAUCAAUUUUUAUCCUACUUGAUUUUUGAUAUUGGUGUGACGAAUACGGAAAUAUACCAGAUUCUAAUAAGAGAUGUGGUUGAUUCCAUAAGUUUAUGCUAAAGCACAUUGGGACUUAUUAUUUUAUUACUACUAAUUAAAUAGCAUAAUUUUUUUUUUAAAUAUAUAUUUUUUUCCGAUAAACCCAUAGCUCAGAUAGAAUCGAUAAGAUGCAUAUUAAUGUGCAGUUUUGAAGAUGUCCUUUAAAAAAAGUUUGUUGGCAAAGUUUUAUGAGAGUUGUAGUCCUAGAAGAGCUGGUAGGCGUAAAUUCUGGCAACCGAUGUCUUAUUGCAAAUGAUUAAUACAGCAUUCCAGCUGUUUGCUCACAGGCAAAGGCUUUUUUGCAUUACUAGCCUCUGACAGUUGCUUAAAUAUUAACAAAUCAGAUGUUCUAAUCAGCUUUGCAAAAUGAGUUAAAGACCCAGAGCGUUAUUAAUUCAAACCGCCUGUGACGUAACAGGAUGCUGUGGUGCAGAACUACAGCCUUGUGCUUGACUUUCCAUAGAUAAAACUUAGCGGCUGCCAUCAAGUGAUCUGUAGUGCUUGUCAUUAUUGUAACUGACUUUCAGGGUUUUGGGGGAUGGAGGGCAUGUCAAAACACUUUGUUAGCUGGGUAAGGAUUAUAGCUGUAUCCUGUUACUGGUCACUUCAAAGAAUUAUAUUUUAAGUUAACUUGUUUUAUUUGCAGGGGCACAAAAUACUCCCUUGCGUUUGAAAUACUUUGUAGUCUAUAUCAGUGUGUGUUUUCAGAUAGUAAGUACCACAGUGGUUUGAAAUACUGAAUACAAUUUUAUAUGCAGUUGUGUGCAAAAGGACUUUUAGGUUUCUAAGAAAAAUAUGUUUUAUAUAUUGUAUAUGUAUAUUAAAACAAAUCAUCCCAUUGUACAGCGCUACAGAAUCUGAUGGCGCUAUAUAAAAAAUUAAUAAGAAUUAAAAAAAACUAAACAUGAAAGUAAAAAGGUAAACCCAUAGAUGCCUUAAUACAAUGAAAUAUACCAAAAACAUAUUGAGGGGGAUUCUGUAAACAGUGAAUUGAUCUGAAAUGUAAACAGUGAAUUGCAAAAUUUAAGCCAAGGUAGCGGCACUAUACAUUGUACAAUUAAGCUGCUUGUCCAACUUUGUCCUUGUGUUCUCUCUAAAUUUCUCAGGUUGUUUUUCAGUUUAGUGAAUAAACAGCCUUAUGUUCUGUCUCCUUUAGAAUGUUGCGCAUGUGCAGUCAGAUAAUUGGGCCUCUAACAGUCAAUUGUGUUGAACUGAAAAGCAAACUGUGAUAUACUGAGAGCAAUAGUUAAAGGAUUACUUUAACCCACUAGAGCUGGGGGACAGUUUGGUCACUAUCAACAUCGUCAUCCUGCUUCUGUCGCUCUCAAACCUGUAAAAAAAAAAGUUUAUUUCCCUGGAAUCCAGCGCCGGAGAAGCCCACGAUUGAACUAGUUGUGGGCUCAGAACACGUAGGGAGGCAGGUUUUUAAAAAAACAAAACACAAAACGGAACAAAGUUCUGGGCUGCCAAUGUAACAUGUGCUCAGGAUGCAACUUGUCUCAGCACACAAAUGGUAAUUACUCUGGAAUAAUUACUCAAAUAGAAACACCGCACAUAGAGACUCUUACCACCAUGAGUUCUUAAAAAAGCAGAAGUGGUCAUGGUGGUUGGAGUAAUCCUUUAAAGAUCUUCUUGUGCUUCUUGUAUUGAAUUGUUCAUCCACAUGUUAUGUCCAUGGGAUAAAUCUCAUAUACGUAACACCUUCUCCUACAAAAAAGUAACUACACAAAUGAAUCUACUUCUGUAGAAGAAAUACAAAAUUCUCAAUAGUUGCAGUUAUCGAAUUUCUGUUAAGAUGAUGCACUCUGCAUGCAAUUCUUCAAUCUGUUUCUUGAAUUUGUGAUACAUAUAUGGUGUGAGUUUUUACCACCAAAUAUUACAUAAUCCUUCUUGCUUAAACAGCUUUACAUAUUGUAUUGCCAUCAUUUUGUGUCUAUCUUUUUGUGGUAAAAACCAGAAGAAGAUUAUGUAACCCCCUCCCACCCCCACACACUUUAUUUGAUUUAUUAAUGCACUAUUUAUAUUGUUACUAAUGUUAGGUGGCUGGCUUUAGGAGAACAAAUUGUGAAAAAUGGUCGUUGAUGCCUUUCGCAAACAAAAUAAAAUAUGACAAUGUAGAUGCAUAUUACGUGUUUCUAACUGUUGUAAGUGUUCUUUGCCAUUCAGGGGGGGUAUUUGUAUAUUCGGGGGGCCCAUGGCCAAAUUUCUGUAUCAGUCCGGCUUUGCCUUUAUCCAAUAUGCGUAGAGGAGUCAAUAGUGUGAACUUGUGGGCGUCUGGUUGCCCAACCAGUUAUUUUCCCCAUGUCUUGUACUGUUGGCAUAUGUGGGGCUAAUGAGGGGUUUAAAACGUCACUUGAUUAUCUCAAAUUUUCCUCACUUAUAAACAGCAGGUUAAAGAGUAACAUACCCCUACACCCAGUGUACAGUUUGAAGUUAGUUAGGGAUAGGGCGGCAUUUGACCUCUUUCCGCCCUACUGUGCCCGCAAUAGUCCUUUUCCAUCAGUUAUGCCAAAUCGGUGUCCGGGUUGGAACCUCCAGCAGGACUUGUGCUGAUGCUUUAUAUUUUGGAGGAAUGCGUAAUCCCCGUGUGAACCUCUAGAUAUGUGUUUCUUCUGUGAACUUGUCUUUAAAUGAAAUAUAUUGCGAUAACGUAAAGUGACACUGACACCCCUCCCCCUCAACACCCCUGCAACACUCAUAUUGACUGUGUUGGGAUCCAACCCCGUCAAAAGACAUAAACCGAGACAAAUUAGGGUCUAAAGAUUUUCUAUGCCGAUGCCCCAGUAUUAACAAUGUAUCAGGAAGAUGUAACUUUCUAAAUGAUCUAUUUAUACUUAAUUAUUCACUUACUUUGAAGACUCCAACACCUGGUCAAAUCCCCAGUGCUGGUGUUUCAAUUCCUGAAAUCAGUAAAAUAGAAGAAAUAAAGUAUGUACGCCGCAUCAUUAAUGCAGCAGGUGGAUGCAUUAAGACAUAAAGAAAAGCAUUCCUAGCUGUGCCUGUUUAAAAAGAAUAGUACAGACGGGUCAUAAAUCCACCAGAGUACAAUGUAAAGAUAAACUUUCCAAGAGAAAAGACAGUCACUCAGAUGGCCGCUAGAGCUGCUUGCUUGGUCAGUGCUGCACAAUGUUCAGCGUCUCCAGGCUUUGCAUGAAGGUUCUGAACUUUCCCCAUAAAGUAUUGAGUCAAUGCAUCUUUAUAAAGAGAUGCUGAUUGGCGCAGCUCGGCAUUUUUCUGCGCAUGCGCGAUAACCUCCCAGUGCUUUCCUAUGGGAAAGCAUUGUAUUGGCUGUGAUCUCAGCCAAGGGGGUGGAGCCAGCACUGGUGGACCCACACUGUGCUGGAAAAAGGUAUGUUUUAAGGAGGGCUGCGCUUUAAUCAAACAACUUUUUUUUUUUUUUUUUUUCUCUUUAAAAAACAACUUUCUCACCCUCGUUUUCACAUUUAAAUAAUUUAAAUGGACUUAAAUGGAUAACAUCACUCCCAUACUCUUGAAUCCUAAUUUUGAAAAGUGAUUUUAAAAAUUGUCUCUGAUUGGCCAAUUACACUUUUGGCGCAAUUUUCAAAUUAACAUAGCCCUAUUUAAACAACCCCUGCCAGGUUACUACUUUUAUCCCAUUCUGAAGAAGCCACUUAUGGUGAAACGCGUUUAUGGUUAUUAAUUCUGUAUUUUACUGUGUAUUUUAGAUCAAUAAAAGUUUUUUGGCUACUUUAUUGUACCAAUCCUCUUUUUAUUGUACUCUUUAUGCACUUUAAACAACUUUUGUUUACCUAUUCCUGGCAUUUUAACCUUUCCUGGUUACUUUUACUUCCACUGGCAAUUUUAAAGUUUCAGUACUCCAAGAAAUCCUAGGUGGGGAUCAUACCACCAGCGCCUAUCCAUAGAGCAGUACCUCUGCUCUAUCUUUGUGAGUAUUAUUUUAUUUUCUCUACUACUCUCUUAACCUAUCACAAUUGAGAGCACUAUUGCUGCUUUUUAUUCUUCUAUAUUGGAGCCUUGGAUCACCAGACGGUGCUGACGGACGUAUCGCCGCUACAUAUCCUAUAAGCGGGGAUUAUACCGCUGUACGCUAUCCACACCAGAGCUGGCCAUAGCUCCCUCAAAUGUGAGUUUUUUACCUCUUCUUAUCUGCACAUUGAACCACAUCAAAAUUGAGAGCACUAUUGUUGCUUUCUGUCUUUCUUUUCCGAGUUCUGGACUACCAGACGGUGUUGACGGAGACCCCCUCCCUACAUAUCCCAUAAGCGGGGAUUAUACCGCUGUACGCAAUCCACACCAGAGCUGGCCAUAGCUCUCUUGAAUGUGAGUUCUUUACUUUUUGUUACCUAUCACACCCUGAUCUUUCAUACUAUACCAUUAGUCGCCUCUACCUCUCUUGUAUUUACAUAUACGGAACGGUCUACACUAGACGCAUCCACAGAGGAACUCUAUCAAGUAUCCUAGACCAUCUAUUGGCACCCUAGCAAUACUUUACUGGACUAUCUACCCUUAUUUGGCGCAGCCCUUCCAUAUCUUUUUGUAUCUAUCCACCGAAGGACCCGAGGGGUUUUCCUUCAUUUGGGUUGCUGCCUACCUUGACUAAUUUUGUGAUUACUAGCGCUGAAUUCUUUUUGUGUUUAUGUUUUAAGGAGGGCCCAAGCACCUUACUUUUUUUUUAUUCAUUUUUUUAUUUUUUAACACUAGACGUCAGUAAUACAUGUUCUUGACCCUAUGAUGUGCUUUAAAAAAAUCUUUGCAUUGGCUAGAAGUGAGGAUGGAUAAAAAUCCUAAAAUCCUAGAGUGAUCCUGAACAAGUUUCAAAUCUAUAUAGAUACUUUUAUCAACAUGGAUAAAACAUGGAUAAACAGCGAUUUCCCACUAUUAACAUGACAGUAGUGUGGUCAAAAUAAUAACAUAGUGUUUUUUUUCAACAGUCUUUAAAGUAAGCACAACAUUUUUCUUUACUGUCUCUCUCACUAUUUUAAGGUUUCCUCUGGCCGUCCCUUCAAGCUUACUAGAAAACGUAUGCUUACAUAAACACGAUUACUUUGAUCCAGACGUGGGAAGUAUUUGCACAAGGUGCUGAAUCCAGCAUUGGCACACCACACCUACAUUUAUUCUGGUAGACAAGGAAGGUGCACAGUGUGGGGACAUGGCAGGACUUUUCCCACGCUAUUUGCUUGAGCGAUCUAAAUUAACCCCUCCAUCCCCUGAACAGAACCAUGUGACUGGAACAUUCUAAAAUGAAUGUAUUAAUAGGUUACAUAUUCUGGUAACAUUUCCUAAAAUAUGAAUGAAUCUUAAAGUGGCAUAAACAGUAAAACCUAUUGUAAAGGUUAUGGUGCUAGCAGGCUGUGAACGGAGUCCAUUUGGUUUUGUCAAACAGUUUUUUCCCCCCUUUUUCCAAGCAGUAUGAUGAAAACCAGAGUAUGUUCCAGCACCACUGGAAGGGUUAAUGGCGGUUUGGCAGUCCUAAAAGACAUGCAGCUAUUCAGAACUUCAUAAGUGUCAUAUGAUGUUCCAAUCUAAGGGGUUGGGCUUCGGGUGCUGGAAAAAAAAAUCCUCCAGUUUUUGUAAAACCACUUAAGAACUAUUUGGAAAAAAACAAAAGGGACAGCCCCUGCAAAGUAACCAGUCCUUAAAUGACCACUAUAGGCACCCAGACCACUUUAGCUUAAUGAAGUGGUCUGGGUACCAGGUCCAUCUAGGGUUAACCCUUUUUGCUGUAAGCAUAGCAGUUUCACAGAAACUGCUAUGUUUACCUAUGGGUUAAUCCAGCCUCUAGUGGCUGUCUCAUUGACAGCCGCUAGAGGCGCUUCCGCGCUUCUCACUGUGAUUUUCACAGUGAGAAGAUGCCAGCGUCCAUAGGAAAGCAUUGAGAAUGCUUUCCUAUGGACUGGCUGAAUGCGCGCGCGGCUCUCGCCACGCAUGUGCAUUCAGCCGAUGACGGAAGAAGAGGGAGGAGAGUCCCAGCGCCGAGGGAGCCCGGCGCUGGAGAAAGGUAAGGAAUAAACCCCCUUCCUCCCCCUUCAGCGCAGCGGGAGUGGGACCCUGAGGGUGGGAGAACCCUCAGGGCACUCUAGUGCCAGGAAAACGAGUUUGAUUUCCUGGCACUAUAGUGGUCCUUUAACCGUAGUAGUCAUAGUGCCUAGAGCAUUUCUAUAAAUGGUUACUCCAAGCACCAUGACUGCUCCACUGUUUUCAGUAUGAAAUAUUUUCUAACUCCACCUUCAGCGACUUUCAUUAACCAGCAAGACUUCUAGGCUGGCUAAUGUAAAUUCUUUUAGGAGGCUCAUUCACUUGUGAGAGUGCUCUGUUCCAGUUUGGAUAGUUUUGCUUGAAUUUUGUUAAUUUAUUUUGAAUUCCUGACAUUUCACUCUUGUGUGAAUACCAUGUUCAUUUGCUUGCCAGUUGGCCAGAGCGCUCAGUUUAAAAAAAAAAAAAGUGUAAAGCUUUAUAUCAUUCUAUUUGCUCUGACCAAUAACUUUUAAGGCAGGUGAUUACAUUUAUGUUCUGAUUAUUUAAAAUCGGAGCAAAUCAUGAUUUCAUUCCUUUUUAUUUCUAAUUUCUGUGUAAUUUACAUUUUGAGCACCUUUUUAAUUUCUCCUCCAACCUGUGGUCAUGAAUUCAGUGAAUGAAUGCAGUGAGUCAGAAAGCAUGCUCUGAGCACAUAUUCUGACGUUUUCAUGCAUUUCCCCGACUCACAAGUAAAGAAAGAGGCGAGAUAAACUCAAUAAACGGGCAUUAGUAGGACUGAUCUUAGCUGAUGCUUGUUCGGGUCUGAUUAAGACAUCCAUUCAUUCUUAGUCCCAAGUCUCUUGUAAUACAACAUCUCCAGUUACAUCAUUUGUAACGGAGCCCCUUGAAUUCAUCAUUUGGAGCUAAAUCUUCAGUACAGUGUGGAAAUGUUUGUGUAGUGGGUGGAAGUUUAACCCCUUAAGGACCAAACUUCUGGCAUAAAAGGGAAUCAUGACAUGUCACACAUGUCAUGUGUCCUCAAGGGGUUAAAGGAACCCUGUAGUGUUAGGAAUACAAAGCUGUAUUCCUAACACUACAGUGUCCCUCUGCCUCCUCCCCCACCGUGGUAAUUAAGGGCAUUUACCCGAUUCCAGCACCAAGGUCCAUUGACCUUGGUUCUGUCUCCACUGACGUCAUCACAAUGAGGUGUCUUUGUCACUUAGCAACAUCCGUUCAAUAGAGUUACAUUCAGAAACUCUGUAUAGUAUUCUGGAUAUGAUUUACAUUUACAUUUCUAGACUCGAUUAAUUUGAACCCUUUGCUUUUUAUAGGAAAAUAGAAGACGUGUGUAAUAGAUCUCUACAGAUCAGGCCAAAGAAUCAUUUACUUUCUCACAACGUCACUGUGUAUAUAGUUUAGGUUUAGUUUAGAGGGUUUCUAAAAAUAUGAACUAAAUUUUAACUAAAAAGAUACUUGUGUUUGAUGCAGAAACACAGGCUUUGCAGAAUCCGUAGUUAACUCUACAGAUAAUUGAGUUAUGACUCAAUUUUCAUUUUCUCUAUAGCACUGCUGAGAUUAUUCCACAACGAAUGCUAUUCAGUGAAGUGAGAAUUCAAGACGGAUUCAAAUUGAAUUUCAAAGGCCAAACUUUUUAUGUCCAAACGAGCUGAAUGGAAAACUUGGAUAAUUUUUCCAUUUUGGCUAUUGUAACCUUUUAAAUUUGAAAUUCACUUAGAAUUUUUUCUCUUUGGUUAAUAACCCUGUAUAUGGUCACAUAAUGGCUUAUUGUGGGUCAUAUUCAACUGCCCGCUUUCUAAUGUACAAAAAUAACAGGUGAAUCACAGUUACAAGACAAAAAAAACUAGUAGUAAUUUUAGAAAACUCUGCAGACUGGAAUGUGUGUGCAUGUAUGAUUUUAUUUGGGGCACUUAGGGAGAAGCAAUUUCAUGUUUUGUCAUUCAGAAUGCAUUCCACAGAGGGAAUGAAUUGCAUUGCUAAGCCUGUGAAAGGAGAAUCAUUUGACCAGUCAUCAAACCACAUGACAACCAGCUGAGGAGAAUUAGAUGGACUUUGUAGCAAGAAAGAAUUACUUCUGUGCAUUUUCAUUUUCUGCGAUUUCCUGCAAACUCCUAAAUCAGAUGCUUUAUUUGUGAUGUAUCAUUUGCACAUCUCCUACUAGGAACAGAGAAGAUCCCAUUUCUGCAAAGGACAUGUCCUGUGAAUACUGACUUGCCUACGGUUUUAUGUACUGAAGCCAAGGACCCCAGGAACAGUAUCCUCCUUUGUGUACCCAGGUACGAUUUGCUUAUCCCGGUUAGACUAACAUUUGUGUGUAGAUUGCUUUAUGCUUAUGUGGACAUUUUCUCCUGUUUGUUCUCUAAACACCGAAUUGUACCGCAUUGAAAAUCAAAUGUAAAAAUUCAGGUUAAAGUGGCCGAGGUGGGACUAGAAGUAGGAAUUUUCUAAGUCGGCUAUUUUGCCCAAAAUUAUGCAAUUUGGUUUUCAAAUAUAUAUUUACAUCUGAAAUUAGAAGAAUAAACGGACUGAAAAAUAGCAUUCAUUUGAAAAUACGUUUCUAUUAAUUAGGACUACCAGAUGUGAAUGUUUUUGCAAAGUCAUACAUUAUACCUUUUAAUACUUGUCAUUUUACUUUGUAAUUAUGAGCUUUAUAAUAUAAAUAGUAUUUUUACUAUGAUUCAGUAUAUUAGGUGCCAACUUAAACUUAAAACUUAACUUAAAAUCUGGGUUUUUGGGGGGUUUUUUUUGUGGGACAUUAGAAUCUAUAGGGGAAAAAGUGGCUUUUCUUUACAGUAGUUUAUUCACAAUGUGUGAAUUGCUGGGAAUGCAAAGUAAAGUUAAAGUGUUAGUCUAGACUAGCCAAGUUGAGGGUAAAAAAACUUAACUAUAUUUUCUAGCCAUUCCUACCCAUGAUCUAGAUUCUUCGAAAUUUAAAACACCAGAUGCAGCGUGGGCGUCCGAUGAGACCCAGAUAAGAAUCGAACUGUACUAAUAUGUUCCAUUAUACUGGGACAGUGUCUAGCACAAUAACCACUACAUCAGUCUGAAGUGGAUAUGGUGCUUGUCAUGUUCCCUUUAAGGGAACAUGUCUAAGGGCCAGAACAACCCAUGCUCUUUGGAGCACCCCUCUCGAUUCCCUCUUUUGCUUAUAAUUGACAGUUGUCAAAACUCCCUGUAGCUUUCAGGUGUCCACUCACCCAAAUACAUCACCGAGAGAAACUGUGCCCAUACCCAUACAAGUCUUUAUCUCAUCGGAUAGGCUUUCUCUUAGUAUGUUUGACAGAUGCUGUUCUGCCGUUUUGCGUCCACGUGACCUGAACUUUAGCUUAAUUUAUGAAAAAAACAUCAGUGGGGUAGUGUAUGCGAAGGCUUGCCCAGAGCACCUGCCUUAUAAAGACUUCUCAUAGAGCUGCAUAGGGAGUCUGUGAUUGGACAGCCACAGACUGUCUAGGCGGAGAUAAAGGGGUGGGCUUGCAAAGGCUGCGGACAAGAGAACUAUUCUUGGAUAUAAUCCAAUGUAAAAAUGCAUAAUUGAAUGCAUGCAUGUUUUCAUUUGAGGCUUUUCUUUUUUUUUGUAUUUGGGCAGUAGAGUGUCCCUCUAAUAAGGAAUUAUUUUCUGGCAUGACUGGGUGUGGAUUAUUAGGCAGGCAGGUUAAUGGUGCAGCAUUCUGCAAAACAUUUACAGCAUGCAAACAAAUACAGCAUAAUAAUGAGGCCAUAACAUAUCCAAUAAAUUAGUGAUGUUGGUGCUCUAUUGUCUCUUAAAAAUAAAUACACAAUAAAAAACAAGGUAAAUUUGACUUUUAAAGUUAAUAAUGCUACUGAGAAGUGUCAGUAGCAGACAGACCCAUCCCUGAUCAGAACGAUGCUCCUCAAUUAGUAGCCUCUUAUUCUGGUCCAUAGGCAGUGGUGGGAUUCACCGCUGCUUCUCACCAGUUCGUGUGAACCUAUUACUAAAAUGUAACAAGUUUGCCGAACCAGUGAUUAACCUAGCCGACAGAGGACCGAGGGCCAACAACAGGAGGGGGCCCGGCGGCUUGCCCUGUAUGCGGCCGGUUGCAGGGCCCCUCCGUGUGGUCUGCAGAGCUGCAGACCAUGGAGCAGAGAUCUCACUAUCCGGUGGAGCUGCAGACAGGGAGGCUCUGGCGGACUGUCUACCUACCCCACUGGAUCACCAGGGAGGAGGAGAAGACCACUGGACCACCAGGGAGGUGGAGACCACUGGUCCACCAGGGAAUGGAUAACACAUUAAAAAAAAAAAAAAAAGGUAUUUAACUAAGCCACAGCCUCCCCACAUGAUACCCCCCCACCAUUCCCUCACACUACCUGCUUCCAGCUGUGUCACCAUAUCCCCCAUUGUCACCACUUCCAACACAGUCACCAUCCCCCCAUUGUCACCACCAUCACAUAAAUGUUUUAUUUUUUAUUUUUUUUCACGGGUUCUGUGAAUAUAUCUAACUUCCAACUGAUAUAAAUAUUACCUGUUGCUAGAAUUAACAACCUGGGCAUAGUAUGCCUAUACACGAAUACAUCACAAUAUACUCUGCUCAAGUGUUUGCCACUGUCACCAUUCCCUCCCUGUCACCAUCCCCCAUUGUCCACACCUCAAACACAGUCACCACCCCCCCAGUCACCACCCCCCAUUGUCCACACCUCAAACACAGUCACCAUCCCCCCCCAUUGUCACCACCACCACCACUGUCAGCACUUCCCCCUCACUGUCACCACUUCCCACACUUUCACCACCUCCCACAAACACUGUCACCAUCCGCCCUACUAUCACCCACACACUGGCCCCCUGCCACACUAUCACCAUUUACUCACUGUCACCCUCGCACACACACUGUCACCAUCCCCUCACAUUAUAACUCCCCACACUGUCACCAUACCUUCACACUGCCACCAUUCACACACACUACCAUCCCCUCAUGCUACCAUCACCCUCACUGUCAUCCCUCCCACUGUCACCACCUCCCACACUGUCACCAUCACCCCACACUCACCACCUUUCAUAUUGUCACCAUUCACAUACUGUCGCCCUCCCACACAUACUGUCACCAUCCAACAAACCCUAUCACCCACACAAAUUAUCUAUUCAACACACUGUCCCCCUCAUGCUGUCACAUUCCCCACACACUCUGUCGCCAUCACUGGAGGCAGAGAGAUGGCACGGGGAGGCUGGUGACAGAGAUGGCACGGGGAGGCUGGUGACAGAGAUGGCACGGGGAGGCUGGUGACAGAGAUGGCACAGGGGGGCUGGUGACAGAGAUGGCACAGGGGGGCUGGUGACAGAGAUGGCACAGGGGGGCUGGUGACAGAGAUGGCACAGGGGGGCUGGUGGCAGAGAUGGCACAGGGGGCUGGUGGCAGAGAGAUGGCACAGGGAGGCAAAGGGCAGAGAGAUGGCACAGGGAGGCAAAUGGCACAGGGAGGCAAAGGGCAGAGAGAUGGCACAGGGAGGCAAAUGGCACAGAGUGGCUGAGGGCAGAGCAAUGGCACAGAUGCUGGUGGCAGACAAAUGGCACAGAGAGAUGGCACAGAGUGGCCCGGAGCAGAGAGUUGGUACUGGCAGAUUGUUUUGAGGCACAUGGCACUAGCAGACAUUUUGGAGCCACACGUGGCUCAUUGGCAUGAUAUACAGAGUUUAAGAAUUUACUGCUCUUUGGCAUGAUAUUCAGGAUGUGUGCAUUUACUACUCAUUGGCAUGAUAUACCAAGUUAAUGUAUUUAUUGCUUCAUUGGCAUGAUAAAACUAGUUUAUGCAUUUGCUGCUCAUGGGCAUGAUAUAUAAGGUUUAUGCAUUUAUUGCUGGUGGCAGAGAGAUGGCACAAAGAGGCUAAGGGCAGAGAGAUUGCUCAGAGUGGCAGAGCAAUGGCACAGAGAUGAUGGUGCCAGAAAAAUUACACAUGUCAGGGGUCGUAUUAAUCGGUAUAAUGUUCAAUUCCUCCUCUUAUACUGUUCGUAUGCAGACACAGUUAUCUGCAGCUAAGGGGCUAAACUGUUUAGUAGUUAAUUAUUGUAUGGGAAGUAGACAAGCACUUGAGCAGAGUAUAUUGUGAUGUAUUCGUGUAUAGGCAUACUAUGCCCAGGUUGUUAAUUCUAGCAACAGGUAAUAUUUAUAUCAGUUGGUAGUUAGAUAUAUUCACAGAACCCGUGAAAAAAAAAAAAUAUAUUAUUCAGUGUAUGCUUCAAUGUUCGCAAAACCUGGUUGUGAAAAUAUCUUUUUUUUUUUUCAUAACGCGUAUUAUUCUCUAAAUAUCUGCAUGUUGCAAUACUCUGGAUGGUUGCCUUACUAGUGUUUUUGAUUUGUUUGUCUUUUUGUGAAUCAGGUUUUUGCAGGCAAUUUUUUUUUGUAAAAAUAUUUAUAUUUGUGUGUGUGUAUAUAUAUUCCAUAAUGCACAAAUGCGCUCUGAGCUCGUGAGAACAGUCUAAUAAAAUGUUUCUCUAUGACAAGCAUUUGAUUGGACGACAGAGAAGGAAGCAGUGACGUCAUACAGUACUGUGAAAACCAGCAAGUGGCUUAGUAAUUACAAAUGCCCAAUAGAACAUUGUGUAAAAAAAAAAUAAAAGUUUCUUUGCAAUGAUCUGGAGUAAUCCUUUAACGUGGGUCAGUUUUUAUACUUGUUUGCUGUUCUCCUCCAGUCAAUAUUAUAGCAUUUACUGGGUGAAUAAUGAGAGACUGUCACUGUUAGAGAAAUGACAGUUCUCUUUAAUUACACAUCUGAAUGAAAAACCUUAAUAGUUUUAAAUUGUAUGCUAUUGUGCUUUUAUUUAAAGCAUGACCCUUGGUCUCUACUGAUUUGCAACCUGCCUGUGAAAACUAAAUUGAAUUCAUAAUAAUUCUCCCUAUGAUAAAUAUCCGUUUGGUCUAUUGCAAGCGCAAGGAAAAACAUCCAUAGUCUGCUUUUUGUUUUGUUACUGUUUUGCGUAUUUCUGUAUUUUUCCACAUGAAUCUUCCAGUCUUCAGUCCCUGACGUCUGAGUUUCCAGAUCACAGGAUCGUGCUGUGGAAAAGGGCUAGCAGAGGGCUGUAAUGUGGGAAGCACAGUGUGACCUAAUGUGGGAUCUAGACUCCUACACAUGGACUGUUCUAUUAUGCCUGGAUCAUUACCCAGUUGAAGCAAGGCUUUUUCUUUGGUGUAUAACUCGUUAAAUAGCGGGAUGGAAACUAAUGACUGAUCUUUGGCAGCAAAACAUAUAUACAAACAUGUUUCAAAGAAAACCUUAUUCAGCCUCUGUCUGUUUGUUACACACUGGUUUUAAAUUAAACUUCUUUCUAAUUUGUUAUUGAAAUAUAGGAAUGGGACUACUUAUGCAACUUUACGAUUAGGAAUUCUUGUAGACCGAUUUCAUCCAGAGUCUUCGUUUGGCUGUGUGAAGCUGCCCCCCGCCCCUUUAAUUGGAACAAAUAAAACAUCCACUGUGUUAGUGCUACAUUUGUGUUUUGUGCUGUAAAAAUAAAAAUUUCUGUUGCUUUUAUUAUGAUAAUAGCAAUCGUAUUUUACAAUAUUACCGAUUUUAAAAUAAACGUCACAGUCCCCCUACAACAGCCAAAACACAUAAAACUGGGCUAGUUGGUUAGUGCUGUGUUUGUGCCGUUAACAUUUUUCUUUGUACUGCUUGUUUUUUUUUUUUUUUUAUUCUUUACUUUUACUGUGCAUAUAAGUACAAUGAAGCUUGCAGUACCACAACAGUAAGUGCAAGCAUCACAAAUUCAAAGGAAAACAUUGGCCUGGUAUUCAAAGAAACUGCACAAUUUUAUGAAAGUAAAAUUGUUAGUCAAACAACGUUUUCUAAUAAGGCUAGUAUGUCAAUUAUAUUGAGUUGCUCUAGAAUUAUCUAGAUGCCUACAUAUGAGUAAUGUAGAUUAUAAGACAAGAAUGCAAGAUAGUAAUUAUGUUAGUGGAGGGAACAGUAGAGUUAGGCUAGACUGGAGUGAAUAAGUUAGUCAAGUUAAAGGGAUCCCAUGGUGCCAGGAAUAUAAAGCCGUUAUAUAGGGUUAUUAGGCCUCCCUCCCACAGGCUUCAGCCACUUACCUAAAUCCAGCGCCGAUGUCACUCGGCGCUGGAUCAAGCUCCGUCCACACAAUGGCUGCGCGCUCUUUAGACCUCCCCAUAAGAAAGGACAUCCAGCGUCAGUCUGUUUAGAUUCUCUGGAACUGCAAUGUUUUACAUUGCAGCACUAAGUGCAAAUGGGUCACAGCACCCUGACUACUUCAAUUAGCUGAAGUGGUCUGGGUGCCUGGAGUGUCCCUUUAAACCAUCUGACAAUGGGAUUAACAGUAACAAUACACCCAAGAGGCCCCCUUUCAGGUAUUAAUCUCCUGGCUGGGACAUAUGUAACAAUCUCAGAACCAGAAAAUUAGCUUUGGCAAAUAAAAUUAAAGAAAAGUAGGAAAUAAAAGUUAAAGAUAGGAGGAAUGAGAAUCUGGCAGUAAGAGUCAAAGAUUCCGGUUACCCAAUUCCCUAGUUCUGCUUCGGUGUAGCAGCUGCCAGGCCUGGUCGCCCUGAUGUGGACCUAUGGAACAUCAGGCUGAAGUGUGGAGAUGGGCUAUGUGCUAGCUUCGGACAACCGCAAGACACUGCAGGCAGUUGUGAAGGAGCAGGAUAGGACCGCUUGUGUCGGAUCAAUGGUAUGUUGCGUCUGUACCCUGCAUUCUUAAAGUGACCUGGGCGUCUCUGCUGUUGUCUGGUCCGUCUUGGGCCCCGAGCUGCCCUCAUUCGCCGAUAGCUCAGCGGGUGCGGUCGAGUUACUAGAACCAGUAGCCUAUGUGACUCACGUCUGCAUGGGCGGUCGGCGAUCUUCAUCCAGAAGGUUUCGUUGGCUCUGUAGCGGUACUUACCUUACAUGGGGGCCGGCCGAGGUCCUCACUUCCCGCCGCGCGCAGCUCCCAAAUGAAGGCGGGCACGGACCGCGAGAUGCGGUCACGUGUUCCGCCUAGCUCUUAAAGGGGCAGUGGGAGCCAAAAAAUGAAAUGUGCUCCCAUUGGCCCCUGUCAUCCCACAUUCCCCAGACACUCACAUUUUGGUGGCGUGGAUAUGACAGGGGCCAAUCAAAGUAAAGUUUAGGGUAUUUAUACUUACCUCUCCCUUAACUCCCUGCCCUAUCGUGGUUUCUGUUUCAGUUCCCUUUAGCGCUUUUUGUGUUCAGUUGUGAUUUUCGUGCUUGACCUUGGCUUUGUAUCUGACUCCGUUUAUCUCUCUAUCCCUGUUUUGUCUUGUUUGCCGGCUUACUGUCUACUGUGUACCAGACCUUGGCUAGUUUUUGUUCUCGCUGUCUCUUUGUUCCCUUGACCUCGGCUUGUUCUUGACUCUGUCUAUUCUCUGCUAUACGGCGAGUCCGGCCAUUCUAAGGUCCGGUAAGUCGUAUCUGCUCUAUCUGUCGAUUGUUGAACUAAAUCCUGCGUGUAGGGGUAAACUACAGUGACAGGCUCCAUGAGUGUUUGGUGGUACUUUACGUAGUUUGCGCUUCAAGGCCCCCUGCUGCAGUCUUAGCCACCUUUGAGGCCUCGGUCGUGUAGUGGUGGGUGCUGGUCGGCUGUCAUGAUGCCGGGCUGCUUGCUGACGGUAUAUAUGUGGCUUCUGCCCAGAGAGGUUAGUAAUGUGUAGUGGGGCAGUCGGAUGUAGCCUGUGCCCCAGCUUCCUCCAGAACAUCUUAAAGUGUUUGUUCAAUUUUGUCAGGAUGUCAUGUGCAGCGUCGGCGAGACCCUCUACACUUGCAGUGUUCGCCAUCUUUAGUGAAACUCUGUGUGUGUUCUUUGCCCAUGUGGCGACAUCUAACGCUUCAGCAUGCUUGGGGUAGCCUCCUCUAACCCUUUAAGGACACAACUUCAGAAAUAAAAGGGAAUCAUGACAGAAUGUUUGUCAUGUGUCCAUAAGGGGUUAAAGGCCAACAUGUGUAUUUUACAAUGUAAGUACCGGUAAAUGGAAAAAAAUAGUUAGCAAGGAGGGCACACUAUAAACACAAUGGAAGCAAACCCAAGCUACUACAGGGAUGCUGACACAAUGGCUCUAUGCUAUUGUAUACUUUUAUUCUCUUCAUUCAUUUAGAUAUGCAGAAAAAAAUGGUGUAAAAUAAAAAAAAAGCAUUUUUAUCAAUGACUCUCAGUGAUGAUUGAUUUUCUAGCUUUGAGUAUAUUUUUAAGAACUAAUACUAUAAUGAUUUCAAGUUUACUUAGAUUGUAGUCUAGAGAAAGAAAAGGACAGCCCAUAACAAGAAACCAAAUUUUAUUAGAAUAAUAUACAUUUUAAUAUACAAGUAGGCAAAUCUAUACCUCAACCAAGAAUUCAUAGAUCCCAAUGCUACUAAUGAAAGUACAAAAAACAAACACGCAGAGUAGAAUAAUAGAAUAAUCUAUAUCAGUACACAAAUAGGCAUAGAUCCUAGAUGUAUCAGACUGAAUGGAAUAACAAACAAUAUGCUAUACAUGAAUUGAAGUCCUAGUGUAUAUACAAAGAACACAAGAUAUGCCAAAAACAAAUUUUGGGAAUAAAAGUAAUCAAAAUUAAUAUGCAUAAUGAAUGAAGUUUCAAAGAGCUACCUGUAAAAAUCUCCAUGUCUCAAAUGGACUCAAUGUUCAAAAAGGCAGGCUGACCUUUAGAUCCUGUAUUAUUUAUUUAUUUAUUAUUUAUAAAAUAUUUUACCAGGAAAGAUACAUUGAGAUUUCUCUCGUUUUUUAAGUAUGUCCUGGCGUUCUGGAACACAAAUGCGUUCCAACAUAAGGCUCAUAAGUCCGAGCACUAAAACUGAUGUGACAUCCGGCGUUACAGACCAUCAGUCAGUGUACACGUGCUCUGUUGACAUGCUGUUCCCUUGACAAAGGCAGUUUUGCCAAAACGUUGGUAUUUCUUUAUUUCCUUUUGCUUUGGUGUCCCUUAUCUCUCUCACACCAUCAUCUUGUAUUCUUGUAUUUUCCGUGUUCUUUGUGGUAUGUAUUUAGACUGCAUUUUGUUGUCUGAAUAUUUAUAUUUAUUAUUUUAUGUCUAUAUAUAUUUUUUUUUUUUAUGUAGAAUUUGGCCUUAUCUUAUUUUUUUGGUCUUUUUUUCUGCAUAUCUUGUGUUCUUUGUAUAUAUACUAGGACUUUGAUUCAUGUAUCGCAUAUUGUCCUUGUUAUUCCAUUAAGUCUGAUACAUAGUGGAUGUAUAGAUUUGCUUAUUUGUGCAUUGAUAUAGAAUAUUCUAAUAAAAUGUGGUUUCUUGGUACAGGAUGUGCUCAUCCUUUCUUUACAAUGUAAGUAAACUUAAAAUCAUUAUAGUAUACGUUCUUAAACAUGUAGUCAAAGCGAGAAAAUUGAUCAUCACGGAUAGUCCUUGAUAAAAUGGAUCUUUUUUUUAAUUGACACAUUAAUAUUUGUUUGUAAAAUAUAUUCCUGUUUUGUAAGUGGUUUUAUGAGUUCUACAGAGAGGUGCUUUUGCUUCUGUAAAAUGACUGAGUGGAACAGUAUAAUAUAUUUUUUUUACCAUAUUACAUGUUUUUUAUUGUGUCACUGGCAACUUUAGCAAUGAAAGUAUGUAAAGAUGAUCACAAAUGGCAUCAUAUCAUUGAGCAUUAACAAAUCUGUAAUUUUUUAAUUGACACUUAUUUCAUUUUUCAUGUUUCAAAGUAAAAAAAAUAAACUAUUUAGAUUCCAAUUUAAGUGCUUAUUUUAAAGCAUAUUUUGUCCCCUUCUAAGGACUACUAAAUGUGUAGCAUUUAAUUUGGGGCGAAAUCGAUGUCAAAGAUUUUAACGGCACAAAUGCUUGCUGCACUAACAAAACGGUCCAGUUCCACGUGUUUUGACUGUUGUAGUCAAAUUUGAUCAAACCCUGCGCACUUUGCAAUCCACAUUAUUAAAUUAAAAAGCAAAUAUACCAUUUAUUUGGGUGACCUUUGACCUUAAUUUAAUCGGUAAUGGCUCAAAAAACUAUUUAUAUUAUCUUAAUAAAAGCAGCAUAAAUCUUAAAUUGCAUGAUUUAAAUAAUUUGUUUUUAUUUUAAACAGACUCAUUGUUGCUGGCUGGUAUAAUUUUAACAUUUUAAACCAGAUGAAGAUUCCAUAUAUAGGAUAAUAAUGUUUGAGAUUAGUUAAACCGUAAUAUCAAAACUGAUUUUGUUAUGUACGAUAUAAUACAUAAAUAAAGAAGAAAUUAUUGCAAAAUGAAUUAUCUUCAGUUUAUUAGGUUAGUCGCUCAUAUAGAAAAAUAGAAUGUGACGGCAGAUAAGAACUAUUCGGCCCAUCUAGUCUGCCCAAUUUUCUAAAUACUUUCAUUAGUCCCUGGCCUUAUCUUAUAGUUAGGAUAGCCUUAUGCCUAUCACACGCAUGCUUAAACUCCUUUACUGUGUUAACCUCUACCACUUCAGCUGGAAGGUUAUUCCAUGCAUCCACUACCCUCUCAGUAAAGUAAUACUUGGAGAACAACUUAAAUUGAACUAAAACAAUAUUAUACAGCAUAUAUAUUCUUAUCAGAAUCAGUGUUGACUGAAGUGGUUAAACUCCUUGAGGACCGAUGACGAUCCUUAACCGUCAUAACGGUAAUAUUUACUUAUACGAUUGGCGUUGCUCCCGGUCUGGGGGGACUGCCUGACAGCCUGGGCAGUCCCCCUCAGUGAAUUAGGCCCCGAAUUAAAAAUUGUUAAUAAAUAAAAUAUAAUUGUGUGUGUGUGUGUGUGUGUAUAUAUAUAUAUAUAUAUAUAUAUAUAUAUAUAUAUAUAUAUAUAUACACACAAAAAGAUAAGUACUGCGCUCACUCCCAUCACUCCUGGGUAGCAGCAACGACCACAGUACAUCAACCGCAAUACAUUCAGUAAAAAACAAAAGAAAAAGUUACCUGCGCUCUCUCCUAUGUAUAUUUAAACAAAUGGAGGUAAUUUAGUUACUCCAAUGGCCAUUGUGUAUAUGUAUAUAAUAUAUGUCUAUAUAUCUUAUAUAUGUCAUACUAAGUGUAUUUUUAUAUUAAUGUAUACAGGUUUUGCACCCCUCCCUGUCACAGGUGCCUCAUCCCAGGGCCCUAUUUAGCCUUGUACUGCAGAGAGCCCCAGAUGGAAUUUUUUUCCCCAAGUAGGUUAAUCUCAUAAGAGCAGACAUUAGGCUGUUAGUGUAGGACCUGCCAAAGAUGGGGUACAUUGACGUUGUGGCAGGCUUAUACAAUGUAUGAUCAUAUAAUGUAACUAAACCCCCAUUAUUUUUGCCUGGAUUAGGUGUUUUUAAAAAAACAAAUAAAAUCUUUCAACAUUGAAGUUGCUGUUUAGUGGAUAGGUGAGUGCGCUGGAUCUUGUGUAAUAUAUAUAUAUAUAUAUAUAUAUAUAUAUUGUGUGUGCAUAUAGGCAACCCAUUAAUUAAUCUUAGGAGAGCAUUGAAUCAAUGCUUUCCUAUCGGAUUUUAGCUGACCCUGGAUGUCCUCAUGCAUAGGACGUCCAGCUCCAGACAACUAAAAGCCGCCUAUCGACCCUUAAUCGCCUCCAGUGGCUGUCUGGUAGACAGACAGCCACUAGAGGUGGAGUUAACCCUGCAAAGUAAUUAUUGCAGUUUAUCACUAACUGCUAUAAUUACCAUUGCAGGGUUAAACGUAUAGGGACACUGCACCAAGACCACUUCAAUGAGCUGAAGUGGUCUGGGUGCCUACAGUAUCCUUUAAUAUAAAGUUGUGUUGAGGUUGCUGGUAACGGUUUCUUUAAGAACAUUGAAGUGGGUUAAAGGUUAUCUAUGUUGUAGUAAGGCAUGAAGCCUGUUAGUAACAAAGUUCUACAACAGUAACGCAGCUGGAGAUCCUAUUUGUGUCAGACUGACAUGUUUUAGAUAUACUGACCAGAUUUGAAACUGAUGAUCAUGUGUCCCUAUUACAAAUGUGUAAUUUGGUGUUUUUCUGAAAUAUGUUAACGCCUGAAAGCAAUUCUGAGUGGGGGCUGGAGGAUGAAAGCGUUUCACCCCCUCCUUCUCCAUUAAGUGAUGGAAAAAAGAACCACAAUAAUUGACAGAGUGAAAAAAAGUCUAAUUAUUAGCCCUGUGGGUAACUGAAGGGCAUGACCCAUCCAGUGGCAUUUAAAAGUUUAAUUACCCUGCAUUAAAAACUGAUGACCCCUCCAGCAAAGACGAUCACCAUUGAUGUGUGAUUACAAAAGGAUACAAUCAAUUUAUACAGCACAUUAUCUGACAUUCUGCUGAGCAAAAUUAUAUAAAUAGUUUGAACCUACCACACCUCCAUAACAGGUGUUGGUUUUAAUUCGUUAUUUUUAUAAAAAUUUGUCUUUGAAAUUACUUCUCUUUUUCCAUUAUGGGUUUUUGUGUGUGUAAUGUUUCAGAAUUUUUUUUUUUUUUUUUUAUAAUUUAUAGUAACUUAAAGGACCACUAUAGUGCCAGGAAAACAUACUUGUUUUUCUGGCACUAUAGUGCCCUGAGGGUGCCCCCACCCUCAGGGUCCCCCUCCCGACAGGCUCUGGGGAGAGGAAGGGGUUAAACUUACCUCUUUCUCCAGCGCCGGGCGGGGAGCUCUAUUCCUCCUAUUCAGCUGAAUGCGCAUUUGCGGCAGGAGCCGCGCGUGCAUUCAGCCAGUCCAUAGGAAAGCAUUCGCAAUGCUUUCCUAUGGACGCUGGCGUCUUCUCACUGUGUUUUUCACAGUGAGAAGCGCGGAAGCGCCUCUAGCGGCUGUCAAUGAGACAGGCACUAGAGGCUGGGUUAACCCUAACAUAAACAUAGCAGUUUCUCUGAAACUGCUAUGUUUAUAGAAAAAAGGGUUAACCCUAGAUGGACCAGGCACCCAGACCACUUCAUUAAGCUGAAGUAGUCUGGAUGCCUAUAGUGGUCCUUUAAAGGAACACUUCUUUUGGAUCCACAGGAGGCUGUGAUCAGUGCCCAGCAGACAAUGGGUGUUUGCAAACAUUUUGGCUACUUACCAUAGGAGGGAGCUGAGGCACUCCUGGCCCCAUAAUAAUUGCAGUGGGUUGCCGUGGUUAUGGUGCAUUGAGCGUUCGAUCUCUCCUUACAGAAAUAUGUAGGGAGUCUGUGUAAGUGACAUAAAGGGAAGAUGUAACUAAUGCAGCAAAAACAAAGGGAUUUUACUCCUCAAUGGCAGGGAAUUCAGCAGUGAGACUGCAGGUGCAUGAUCUAUACACCAAAACCAUUAAAUAGAGCUAAGGUUGUUUUGCUGACUAUAGUGUCCCUUUAAAUGCAUAAAAAAAAACCCAAAACAAUGUAUGCAAAUAUUUACGUUGAUCUAUUACUACGGUAACAGUUCCUGAUGCACUGUGAAGUAAACAACGAAAUAAUUUAACCAGCUUUUCACAUGUACAUAUUACUAUGGUUACAUGUCCUGAUGCAACGUUGUGAUCUAAUUUCCUGUUAUGUUACAUGUAUGUUUAUUUAUUUAAAAGGCACUGCAGGCUAGAAUUGAACCAUUCCUUUUUAAAACCUAUUAUAUAGAUAAUGUAUUUACAAAAUAUGCAAAAAUAAGUAAUAGAGAUAAAGUUAACUUGUUUCACCCAGCACGGCGAGGGUUUAAGUGUAGACUGGAUGCUAGCCUUCUUAGCAGAGUGUAGAAAAGUCACAGUUACUAGCUUACACUUGAGAUAACUCACACCUAUAAAUCUGUCAAACUUCCUGUUUCUUCACACAUUGUAUCGAGGUGUUCCCACAGGUACAUUUCAAAAUGUUUUAGAACAACUUUCAUGAUGCUUUGCUAUUUUCAAAAGAGGAAUGGAGGAAGAAGACCGGCUUACAUUGGAGGUAGUGUAGUUAACCAGUUCUAAAGAGAUAUCUCUCUAAGCACCAUAACCACUUUAUCUACUGAGGAGGUUAUGGUACAAAGACCUUCUCCUUGCAGCCUUUUCUUUUACAAAUGAUGUGUUCCGGAGAGAAAAAUACCUUUCUUUUAUUUAUUUAGGGGAUCAUUCUACCAACGCUUUACCAAUAGAGCAGUACUUUCUGCUCUACACUUGUGAGUAUAAUUUUAUAUAUUUUAUAUCUCAUUCUUUACAAAUUGAGAGCACUAUUAUUGUCUUUCUAUUAUACCUUGGAGCUUUGGAUACUCAGACUGGAUUGACGGAUGCACCUCUUCAUUAUAUCCCUUAUGCAGGGAUUAUACUGCUACACGCCCUUCACUCCAGAGCUGGUUAUAUGGCUUAUUACAUUACUGGCUGUUUGUCGUAUCUCCCCUUUGUCUCUCCACAUAUACAGAUUUUUUUAACCAUCUGGACGGAUCAACUCCUGAGGAUUGCACCCCCAUUUUAUCCUGCUAUUUUAGUGAGACUUUUAUUUUUCACCAUUCUCUCUAUUGGCACAGCCUUACUUAUUGUUGUAUUAUCAUCUAGACCAGGGGUAGGCAACCUACGGCACUAGUGCCAUGCACUGCACUCGAGGUGUCUUUGCACGGCACUCAAGGCUGCUAGAGCCAAACAGGCUCUGGCCUAUCAGGAGUCCCAGUAAAACUUAAAAUAUCUGCUAAUACGAAAAGAUGGUGAAGGACAAUCCUCAAUUUAAGCAUUGCCGCACAUAGAGGAAAUGAUCUCAGAUCACUUCCUCCAAGCACUUGUGAAUGGGAAUCCACAACGUAGUAGAGCAGCCUGCAGCUGCAGUUGCAGCUCCUGUCUUUGACCUGUACUAGGCCAGCCUGGUCCCCACUGGAACCCAGGGAAGCCAACCAUACUGCUAAAUAUACACAGAUAUUGUGGAUCAAACCAAGUGUUUAUCUGAGUAUCUGCUCCUUUCCAAAUUGUUAAAAUAAAUAAAUGUGUGCACGCUCUGAAGUAAAUUACACUGAGACACAGGUAUCAGGUUAAUGAAAAACUUCGGAAUGUUUAUUCAGGGGACGGCAAGCCCCUUAUAAAGGCAAAAAUACAUCAAAUGCAAAAAUGUAGAUAACAGAGAGAAUACAUCUUUAAUUGGUUAGGUGUUAAGUGUCUUAUCUAAUGCACAUCCUACGAGGCGUGAUGUCACCAUCAUCCCGGGAUUUUACUCCGGAUGUAGGCGCCAUCUUGUUACACAAGGUAGUUAGUCGGUGGGAGGGGGUGCUCUAGCAGCCAUUUUGAGUAGAUAUUGAAUACAGGUAUACACAGUAAAUUGACAUUUUACUAUCACUAAUUUACAUUCAUAACACAGAAAUGAAGAAUAACCCUCCCCUUAUACAAAUAAUACGAACAGCCCACACACAAACAUAACCCGCUAACAAUCCACAUACAUGCACACAACCCCACAUGCAAUACCCCAAACAGCCCACACACACUACCAAACACACACUGUGACAUAUCCAUCCACACACAAUUCCACAAGCAGCCCUCAUACACAGCCCACAUUCAUAUGUAUCAUACACAAUACCAUAAACUACUAAUGAACAUAUACAAUAUAAUAGCUAAUAUACGCACAAAUACAACGCUGCAAAGCAACUGCAGUAAAAAUAACACAAGCAGAAUACGGCAGCAUACACACCUCAAAUUAAAAAUAUAGGACCGGCACGCUACGGGACAUCACAAUCCUAUAUCGGCACAGUGCUGCUAAAAGGUUGCCUACCCCUGAUCUAGACCUUUUUGGUCUGUUUCUUAUUGUAUACCUAUUGUUACUAGACUUUGGCGCAGCUCUUACCUCCUUUUUAUUAUUCUAUCUUAUUUAUUUAGGGCUUACUCCAUGGGCUUUUAUUAUCCGUUUUGUGCUACAUAUGCAUCUGGUUCUGAAAUAAACGAGAAACUGCACUCAAUGCCAUCCCUCUGAACCAGGGUGCAACUAAACCUGGACCCAGCACCAGGUCUCAGGCACAAUAUGCACAAAAAGGUUUAGGCACUCCAAGGUCCAAGAAGGCACCUUUAUUUGAACCAAAUGAGAAAGACCUUAUAGGUCGAAACGUUGCUGCUUGUCAUUUGGUUCAAAUACAUUUUUCCUACUUCCUUCCUCUUUGUUCCCUACAUAUGCAACUGGUCUUAGCACAGACAGCAUUCUAACACCAGACGCCUUGACCAGGUUUCCCAGCUGGAGGAGUUACACGCAUGGUGGCAAAGCUCAUGGUUUUUCAGUCCCAUGUAAUUUAACUCUUAACUCAUUGAUAAAAGAUAACAAAACCCAUACAUUAGUUCUGGGGGUUCACCAUUGUCCUUCCUAGCAGUGCUUUUAGUUUAGUUACUUUGGCAUUCGAUUUGGAAUUCCCAAAUAGUCACACUUUAGUAAGUAGCCUUGUGAGAAAAUAAUUGGGCACAUUUUUAUGAAUGCAUAUAAUUAUUAAUGGCGACUUAAAUGCAAUAAAAAUAUAUUUAACUAAAAGCUGGUCCUUAUAACUUCAAAGAUUUAAACAUUUUUUUUUUUAAUUAUAAAUUCAUAUAUAAUAAAACAUAUAAAGAGUUAAAGCAUAUCAGACAAAGUAGAUACAUAAAACAUAGAAUAGAAAUUGAUAUAACUGUCAAUUAUUGUGACUGCUAGUUUUAGAUUUUACACCCUUGCCAUUUAAUUUGUUCUUUUUUUUCAGAGGAUCUUGACAGCAGCUAAUGAUACAUUGAUUGAAAGUUGCACUAAGUGGCCAUGUGCCAAAUUCUGUGAAUAGGGCACUACAGGGACCCACACGUUGGGUGCACAAUGUGUAGGUUAGGUUACAAUUUUUUUAUUUUUUUUUAAAUAAUUGCUUUUGGCCAGCCUUUCUGUCUAGAUUUUUUUUUUCUACUGUAUUUGAAAUCUGAUAAAUGAACUACAACUCCCAAUAACCCUUGUUGUGCACUUUCCUACACUGCUUUUUAUGUACACUCAUUAGUCUAUGGGAAGUAAAUUGAGCAUCACCACCUGAUUUGUGAGAUUUAAUUUCAGAUGGUACAAAUCUUGGCGAUUUGCCGCAAGUGUGAUUAUUAUUAUUUUUUUUUUUAUUUGAACGCAUUGUUUUUGCUUUCAUUUUACUGCACUAUCUAUACAAUACAUUUUUAAAAGUGUCAAAUUCUGCCCGGAGUGUCUUUGUAACAACAUUACUUAAAGCAACCGAUUCGCUCAGUUGUUUCUUUUAGCUGAUGGUUGUCAGACCAGCUGCUGUCAGUAUUAGCUUAUCAGAACAUCAGUUUCUUUCCAGUUACCGGAGCAGGUGACGAUAAUUAUAGAACAAUUGGAGCAAAGGCUGCUCUGUGACCUUUCAAAAUGAUAGGUUUUCAGUGUCUGUCCUUGUAAUUAGGGAGGCUGUGCUCGCAUGGUAAGAUUUGUAUCGAUUUGUUAGGAUCUUGUUUCAAACUAUAGGAGUAUUUUGUGUUUACAUUGUUUUUUGCUUCUGCUAUAAAUAUAUGUGUGGUACUCAAUUACAUUGUAUAUAGAUUCAGUCUUAUAUGUAUUGAUCUGGUAAUAAUCUGUCUCCAGACAGUAGUAUAACAAGUUGUUUACACGUAACCUUGGCUACUGCACUGCUCUUUGCAUGGACUCUGAUUUUAAAGUGACAGUUUUAGAGAGUAUCCAUUCCUUUUCUUCAUUUAUUAUCCCCCCCCAAUUUAUCCCCAAAAUAAAUGGAUACUCCCACACGUUCCCUUUUUUUAGUGCGUGGUAGAGAAUGCAUUAAAAGGAACAGUUGAUUGAGACUAUUUUUUUUUUUUUUUUUUAAUUAUCUGUUUCUUCCUGUCUCUUUUAAGAAUACCAUAAAAUUGUAUUUUGAAAGCAUGUUUUCUGCCUUUGUACAGAUAGCAAUGGCAAACCACGGCACUGCAGAUAUAUUUUAAUUACAUUUCCAGUGAUGUACAGUCUGCAGCCUUCAAACUGAGAUAGCAUUGAGGAAAUAUAAACAUUUGCUGUGGCUAUCUUACAGCAGCCCAGUCACCACCCACCUACUCAACCCCAAAACUUGAGCAUGUCGUUAAGAAAAAGAACUUUAUGAAAUGCUCAUAAAGACUGCUUGGAAUAUCAUUGAAAGAUAUCAUAUAACAAAUUUAAGGGGCUACUUUGUCUUGUGGUAAAAUCUUUCCUUGCAAAACGCGACAAAAGGCAGAGCUACUGCCAUUGAGUUUUUUCACUUCAGCAGUAGCUCCGCCUUGUUGUGGAAAUAAGGCAUUGUCUCGCUUAUCGCAAAAUAUUAUCUAUGGAGGUUCCUGCUGUAGACACCAGUGUUGUACUCUCAGGCAUGUGCAAAAGUACAGCAAUGACGUGAAGCACCAGGAGCUUGAGACUGAAGAUGUCAGGGAACAGUAUCAGGUAAGUACAACUCACUUCUGCUACAUCCCCCAGGCCACCGCAGACCGGUGUUGGCAAAAUAUGCAAAGACCCCAGAAGUUGACAAAACCACAUUAAAACCAUUGUCACUGCAUUGAGCUGUUGUGGUUAUGGUGCUCAGUUACCCUUUACGAUGUUUAUUCAUGUUCCCAGCCUCCGAUUCCUUCUGCUACGUCACUUGAUGCGUGAAUCAGCUGGAGUGGAAUUUACCAAAGCAGCAAGCGUGACCUUACUAAACAUUUUAUGUACGUCCUAUAUGGCAAAAAUACUUGCAGAAAUAAACAUCAUAGCAUGAUGCAGCUUUCUCCUGGUUUUAUAGCAAGUCCAACGCCUUGAAACACACCUACGCCACGCUUUUACAGUUUCAUUAGCUGUGGAUGGAAAUAUAUAAGGGGCUUAUUAUUUAAACUGAGAACUGUAAAUUGGAAGCCAGAGUAGUCCAAAAAGAAACAUACAUUUCUCUUGUUAGUUUUCCACAAUUUCUAAUUUAUUGAACAGACCCUGUAAUCUUCCCCCCCCCCCAAAAAAAAUAAGGAAAAAAAAAUUAUACCACGAUGAAUAAGUAUCCAGAGGUAAAUGUCAGACGGAUCAAUACGUUCUGGCAUAGUUUAGGAAUUUGAUUUGCUUGCACCACCUGAAACAGAUUUUUGCACAAUUCUACUUACGAACCUCUCUCUGAUUGGCGUGUCAGCCAGACAAUUAAACUGCAUUGCAAAGAGCCAAGCAUUUGUGUAUAUUGUGGCUGCUUUAAAUGGCUACAAAGUUUUGCAAUAAAAAAUAAAAAUAUGUUAAAACACAUCAACGUGGCUGCAGAGAAUGCAUUUAAAUGAUCGUUGUUCCUGGUGUAAGAAUAACCCUGUCUAUUUGUAGGGAGGGUGACGUUUCCACUUAAAAGGGAAAGGAACUACCCAUUUAUGGACCAGUACAAUUUUACAGGCAUUAGGCACACCUACAGCUAGCUGUACAGACACUGUCAUUUGUACAAGCAGGUGACACGUAGGCUGGCCGAAUGUGUGCUAAACAGGUGGAGCAAGUAAGCACGUCUAACUAAAACAUCCACCUUAGAUUACAGCCCAGCUGGGAUUUACCUGCUGGUUUCCUUAGUGGAGGUAAGUUCCAAAGAUUGCUUAAUAGAAAACUGCUUACAUUGUGUUUGGUUUAACUGUCAAUUUGUGGAAUGUCCUUGGAGUCUGUGGGGGUUCAGAGCAAACUGCGGAUAUUACACUGUGAUUCUAAACCCUUGUCUUGAUGUGUUUAACAUAUAUGCAUAUUUUUUAGUCUGGCCAGUCCACAGUCUUUGCAGAGUGUGAUGUGCUUGAGUGAACUGUGCAAACAGUUCUGAAUAAGGACAUGUUCACUUAUCCAAGGAUGGAUAGAACGCUGGCAAUCAGCAUUUACUUACUGCCUACCUGUAGUCUAGAAUUGCCACAUCCGCAGUGUUUUAGUGCGGCACAUAACUUUUUUUUACAUAUUGAUGGGCAGCACUUAAAAAGUACUGCCCUGCAGUAUGUAGCAUUCAAAUUCUGUGAUUGUGAAGUCAUGGGCAGGGUAGCAUUUUGAUUGUACAAAUCUAUUUCAAUGUUUGUCUGAGCCUGGUUUUUUGUACCCAGCAGGCAAGAAUGUGUCUGUAUCUAUUGCAUACUUCAAUCGUUUGUGGUGUUUGUUUAAAAAAUAUUACUCCUUGAUAGCACUCUGCAUUAGUACAUUACAUUUUUUUGUUUCUUGAGGACUGAUGUUUGGGAUAGCCUGCUGUAAUAUGACAGUGAGCCAAAGAAGAAGAUCGGAAAAAACAAAACACCCAAACAGUCGUCUCUAAUUAUAUACAUUUAGCCAAUGUCUCCUGGCCCUAGGUUUGUCAGGUACAACAUGGGUUUUCUCGAGUAUAUGCUUCACUGUGUUGUAUGGUGAACUAGUCAGGUUCUGGAUUGGUUAAGCACGUCCGAAUGAAAACCUUUCGACCCUGGUUACAAUAUUCAAAGCCUAUUAGCACCAUAACCACCACAACCGUAAUCUAAUGGUUAGGUUGCUUAGGCUGUCCUUUUAACAGUUUCUUUUCUGCAGCAGCAAUUUAAUUCUACAUAUUAUAGAACAACUCUCUUCGGUUAUCACACAUCAACACAAUGAUAGGUGUCUUCAAUCAUCAACUAAGCUAGCACAAGGCAUGUUAUUUUGGAAUGCCAUUUCUUUCAUGACUUGCCAAUAACCUGCUGUGGGUAAAUUAACUACUGUAUAGCAUUAAACAUUUAAUUUUCCCUUCCAAAUAGAAGUUUUUCACACCUUCAUAAAUCAAUGGUUUAAAAACCAAAAAAUCAUGGAUUUAACAAGUCCAGCAAUGGCUUGAGAUGAACAGGCAGUGAAUUUCAAAUUAGCCAUUCUUAAUAGGUUGCCGGAUAAUCCAUCCUGCUCUCCCAAGUUCUAUUGCCAUGUAGGAUGUAGAACUCCAAAGCUGCUGUCCGAAAAUAAAUUCAUUAAUCAAAAAAGGAAUUGUGUAGAAUAUAAAUGCUACAGGACAGUACUUUUCAUGUGCUCAUCAGCCUACAGAAGUGAUGCUUGUGUUAAAACAAGGAUAGAUCUGGCUGCGUAAACGUUAAAUUGACAGAUGGACUUUAUCACACUUGUUACCAUGACGGAGUUAUUUGCUAAAGUGAGUAUUCAAAGUGAAUUUUUUAAAAAUUUUAAGGCCAGAGUAGCCGCACUGAAAGCAUAGCAGACCUUGGAGAAUUUUUCCAGUUCGGCUGUUUUUUACCUAAAAUUUUCACUUUAGUGGGUAACCAUGUGUAUGUCUUUUCUUCUUUGUGAUAUAGCAAACCUGCUGAACCUUGUAAAUGGAUGCUAGGUUAAAUGGAACUAUUCGUAUUUGGAUCAGGAAUGUGUGCUACAUGUAUGAGUCUUGUGUAAAUGGUAUGCAUACCAAGGCAAGGUUCUGUCAUUUUGGGAUAUUUUUAGGUAUAAAGCCUUAGUUCAUAGUUGCUCACACUCCCCCAGAUGCAAAAUAACUGGUACACAAUCCUGGCACUUAAGGUGUUAAAUGGAAGAAUGCUAGGAAUAGCCUGGGUGUGUGAAAUAACUAGAUAUAAACAAAACGAAUAUAAUUCAUGAUUCAUGUAAAGACUGCAUUGGGUGGAGAAGAUUUCUUUAUUUGUGCAAGGAGGGGUUAUAUAUUCAUUGUUAUGGGUUUUAUUUCCAUAAUAGAAAUAUUGUCCCAUACAUCAGGUGAUUUUAAACCAAUUCUGACCUCCCAUUGGGUUGGGGAGGGGAUAGUUUAGAUGUAGAGGGGUUUGAAAGCAGAGGACUAAUCUAAAAAUAGUUCCCAGCUUUUGUUGAACAUCAUGGAACUUAUAGUUCUACACGAACACUGACUUCCCCAUCCCUAAUUUAAAAAGUUUGUUGAAGAUCUCAUACACAUUUAUUACACAAUUAAAAGUAAACUGUCUAUACUAUACUUUUUUUUUAUAAUUUUUUUUUUUUUUUUUAAGUUCUUAAUGAUAUGUAGUCCUCUCAGAGAAGAGCUAUAGGGACUCACUAUUUCACAGAUAUGCUAAUGGUUACCAGGUCAGCUAUGCAUUCCUGGACACCUAUAUUGUGAGAAGAACAGGAGUGUGUAGCAUUCGUGUGCUACAGAAGGGAUAUGGUGGAAUACAAAGUAACUGCCUUAAAGGAACAUGCAACUAAUUUAUUUUAGUAGACAAACUCCCAAAGAAAGCAUGCAUGUAUGCAGUGGCGUAGCGUGGGUUGUCAGCACCCGGGGCAAGGCAAGUAAUUUGCGCCCCCUAACCCGUGGAUUUUAGCACUCGAGUCUCUUCCACUAGAUUAGUUAAAGAAACCCUUACCCCCCAAGCACAUGUAUUGUUUGUUAUGAAAAUACUUAUGUAAUUAAAGUAAAAUGCAUCUAAAUACAAGUUUAUUUUCCAACACUUUAUUGAGUGCGAACAUGCAUUACACACAUUCUCCACAUUUUCAGCAGGUCUAUGAAUACAAAUAUACAAAUGUAGUAACCUAGCAUGGGCCAUGCUAUUAUAUGUCGUCUCACAACCAUCGUAAACGACAAAAAAUAUCAAGAACAAAAACUAAACAUCAAAAUGGAACCAUACCCUGGAGAUGAUCCAAGACUGGGCUAGAUGGAGCCAACUUCCUCAAUCCUGUACCUCUAAUUGUAAUUCUUUAAUAGAAGUGCAAGAUAUCAAUCUGUAUAUAAUAUACAGAUUAAUUUAAAUUCGCCUGCUUUUAAUUAGUGCAAAUUUUUCAACAACGGAAUAGUGUUUCUUUAAUGUGAGGUAAAUUAGAGAUUAGUGCCACAAAUAAUAUACUAGAUUGCCUACUUACAACGAGAUGAGGAUGAUGAUGGGCUCUAGCUGCAGUCUGGCUCCACUGGUCUGGUGUAGAACAGGCUCUCUGGAGGCUGUUUGUAACUGUGGUCACAAAAAUCAAUAUACUAGGAGAACAGGAAGCAGCUCCAUUUUUGGGGGGCCCUUUACACAGCUCAAGGUCUGGGUCCCAGGGUCCACCUUCAUGUUCCACCAAUGAGUUUGUUCACAGGGGGUGGAGUGUGUAGGGGAUGUCCUGAUAUGUGUGUAAGGAAUGCAUUGUGUGAAUCUGUGUUUGUAUGUGUAAGGGCUGCAAGGUGUGUUUCUGUGUAUGUACAGGAUGCAGUGUGUGCGUGUGUAAGGGGUGCAUUGAGUGUGUGUAAGGAAUGCAUUGUGUGUUUCUGUGUGUGUAAGGGAUGCAUUGUGUGUAAGGGUUACAUUGUUUGUGUGUGUGUGUGUGUGUAAUGCAUUGUGUGUUUUUCUGUGUGCAAGGGGUGCAUUGCAUGUGUGUGUGAUGGAUGUCAAUCUCUCCCCCCUCCCUUGUUACUCUCUUCUCCCCCCUCUCCCUCCCUUGUCACUCUCUUCUCCCCUCCCCCUUCCCACUCUCAUUGCCCCUUCCUCCCCUGUAACUCUCACCCCCCACCACCAAUUUCUUCUUCUCCCCCCUCCCCUACCAAUUUCUUCUUCUCCCCCUCCCCUACCAAUUUCUUCUUCUCCCCCCCUCCCCUCCCCAUUUCUUCUUCUCCCCCCUCCCCUACCAAUUUCUUCUUCUCCCCCCUCCCCUGCCAAUUUCUUCUUCUCCCACCCUCCCCAUGCCAAUUUCUUCUUCCCCCCUCCCAAUUUCUUCUCCCCCCCUCCCAUCCCAAUUUCUUCUCCCCCCCUCCCAUCCCAAUUUCUCCUUACCCCCUCCACUGACAAUUUCUUCUCCCACCCUCCCCAUUUCUUCUCCCCCCUUCCCUCCCAAUUUCUUUCUCCUCCCCCCCACCUUUGUUGUAGCGUGGCCGAGCCCUGCAGCAUGAUGGUCCGCGGGUACAGGUUGCUUUUGUUUCCUGUACCCGGCCGGACUAACAAGAAGUGCACACUGAGUGUGCACUUCCUGUUAGUCCGGCUGGGUACAGGAGACAGAUGCUCCCUGUACCCGUCGGACCAGCAUGCUGCAGGGCUCGGCCACGCUGCUACAGAGGGAGUGACAGGAGGGAGCGCUGAGCGUUUCCCUCCUGUCAGCCCCUCUCCUCAGGUUGCGCCCGGGCACCGCCCGGGCAAAGCUGCAGCCGCCUGAGGCUCUCUACAGAGCGCUCAGGCGGCUGCAGCAUGGGGGGGCCGCCCCUGAGCGCGCCCCCCCAGAUGUUGCGCCCGGUGCGGCCGGCCCCCCCUGCACCCCUCACGCUACGCCUCUGCAUGUAUGUUUUUUUUUUUUUCUUUAUGCUUGUUUUUGUGGGGUCCAUGAAAAACAGCCUGCAAAAGCUGCAGACCUGCAGUUUGCAGCCUUCUAAAGCCCACACACAGGCAUUCAGUUUGUUCCAGGGAAUACACAGAUCAGUGGCUCCUCAUUACUUUCCCAUGUUCUUAAGAAAAAAAGGGGAAGGCAAAAGCACUCUAGCUUAGUAAGCUUCCUGCUUCUGUUGGCUCUGUGGAACGAAGGGAAUUGGAAGAAACCCUUCCUGGUGGUCCUGCCCCAAAAUAUAAAAGUGCUGAUUUAUGUGGAAAUUUGCAAUUCUAUAAACAGUCAGGAAUAUGACAGACUGCAGAAUUGCUUUGUGUGUCUCCGGUGUUCCAUUAAUUGAAUUUCCUCCUGAAGCAAUUACUAUGUGUAGGAAAAAUAGCAAUCUGCCAGUCCUUGACACACCAGAGAUAUUGACAUGGGCAUAUUUUUUGAUGUGGGCGGGGUAUUUCCUGAAAAGUAUACACCUGCAUAUCGACUGAAAGUCAGGCCUAGGGUACUGGAAAGUACGAUCGGAAGGAUUGCUGUUUGUUUUGUAUUUUUUCAAAUAUCCUGUAAUUCAAUGGACAUUCCUUUAAAAAGCAAAAAUUAGAGAUUUUUCAUUCCUUCACCCCCAUAAAUGCUAUGUUUUUACUGUAGUGUGUAGUGCAGUAGUUGUUGGUUUAAAAACAAAAAACAACCCUUACCUAGGUGUGUUUCUAUGUGCUAACAAGACCAGGAAAAUUGGUAAAUUGUAUGGCCCUUUCUACUACCUAAAUUUGUUUGCUAUUUAAAACUAUGCUUCUUUUGCGCUAAAUCAUCAGUACUUAAAUAAUUUGUGAUUAAAUAACAGAGGAUCAGUAGAAUGUGGUCAUUGGCAAAUCUGCAAUUAGAGGUAUUUAAGUGUAAUUUUGAGAGCACUAUAACAACUCAAAUUAUAGAUUUUCAGGAGAUGUUAGACGUUAAAAUAAUAUCUAGAGCUUUUUAGCAGCCUACAAAUUGCUCUAAUUCAUGUUACCCCACCCUAGAAACAUCCCUGCUCUUGCCUUGCAGCAUUCUGUUUCCAUGGUAACAUUGUUACUUCAUGAUGCUCUGGGUGGGCUGCAAGUCCUAGUGUUGUCCUUGUACAUGGCAUUGCGGGUAUUAAUGUAUAUGGAAUACUUAGACUGUCACAGCAGCCAGAAAUAAAAUGCAAAUUAAAUUAAAAUGGGUCCAGAUUUUAAAAAAUAAAUAAAAUUACAAGUAGCUCAGCCCAUGUUUAACCUUUGGCUAGCUCCCCAGUGAUGCAGAUAUCUAGAUUGUAAGCUUGUUUGAGCAAGGACUAGUUCACCUCUUGUCUCUUUUACUAUCCUGAAUGUGAAUUACUUGUCAAAUAUAUCCAUUCUAUUGUAAAGCGCUAUGGAAUGUUAGCGCUAAUAAUAAUAAUCCUUGAAUAAAACCUGCUUCUCUGUGAACAAUACUGGCCAUGUUUUGCAUUCUCAGUCUGUUUGGUAAAGGUUUCAUCUGUUUAUAGUCCGGUUUAUACACCAGAAGCCCAAAUCACACCAUUUACUAGACUGAGAAUUCAGAGUAAAUUUCAAAUUUAAGGCCAGAGUAGCCAAACUUAAAGCAUAGCUGACUUUUCAUUUAAUUUUUUGUGAGAAUUUUUCCAAUUUUGCUAUUUUGACCUUUAAAGUGAACCUGUAACUGAAAAAAAAAAACUUGCUCUAAACCGCUUCCAAAUACAUUAAAAACACCAUACAUCAUAAAAGUAAAUGGUGUAUUCAGUGUGAAAUCGGAAGAUUUACUUACUUUUUUCCAUUCCUGUGCCUCUUCGUGGGUGUUAUUCUUCAUUUAACACCCACCUCCUGGCUGUACUUUUCUCUGUCUGUUCUCCACCUCUGUUCUUGUUAACGUUAAGUUAGCAUGCAGGCUUCAUCUCCAGCGUUGUGGAGUCGCAACGUGGUGACGUUACUGCUUUCCUAUACUCUCUACCCAAGUUUCCAUAGCAACCACAGUGCAUAUGCUGUGGGUGGAGAGCAGAAUGAUCUCCUCUGGGUCUCCUCUGUUCCCUUUGAAUUCACCUUGAAUACUCACUUUAGUGAAUAACCCGGUCUAUUUCCCUAUUUUCUUCCUCUCCUAAUUUGACAUGCACAGGGUUAUUUACUAAAAUAUCAGGAAUUCUCAGGAAGUUUUAUUUAAGGCCAAAGUAGAUAAACUAGAAAAAUAGCUCAACUGGAAAAAUUCUCCAAAGUCUCCUAUUUUGUACUUGAAAUUCAGUUCCCGACAAUUCUACCCUUAGUGAAUAAAACUGAUGGUAAAUUCGACGUGUGUGGAAGAAGCAUUGAAAAGAUCCAGCUCUGUCCAAUGUUGUAGCGGCCUUUGCCAUGAUCCUAGGUAGCUAAAUGUCAUGCUGUCAUCACAAAAUGACUCCUGAAGUCUGUGAGCCAGCAUGGCACAUCCUUCUUUCAGCACUGAGAGUUCUGUACAUCCUUUCUGUCGCUAUAGCAAUGGACCAUGAUGGCAUUCUGUCACUGGGCUCUAAUGGUGUUAAUAUAGCUGUAGUUAUGCAGACCGAUGUAGAUAAUUGACCCAGUAGUGCUUUAUUCAAUACAUUUUGAUUUGUAGAAGUUCGGGCAGACUUGCCUGUUGGGCUCUCAGUCAUGGACUAAGGACAAAACACCAAGAGAAGGCCCAGCAGCUUAUCUAGAGUGCGACAGUGUGUGGGCCCUCUAUACAUCCUGCCCCACCCUCACACAAAGAUAGCUGCCAUCUUUGCAUAGUCGUACAGGCUCUAAAGGCAAUACUUUGCUAAAUUCCUGUUCUUUUGUUUUUGACCGGAAGAUUUCAAAUCCCUAUAUUUUGGCCUAAAACAUUUUGUAGGAUGUAGGCUGGCAAAGCAUCAUGGGAGUUGUAGUGUCGGGAAUCUUUUUUUAUGGGCACCAGAGUAUGUGUUCUUGUAGGUGCUGCUUUUACUUAUUGACCACUAUCCCGGAUCUCUGUGGCUUUCUAAUCAUUAUUUUACAAAAAGUAAUGCCUGUUCUAUUUAUACUCAAGAUAAGGAGGGCAGAUAUCUCAUUUAUUUCACUGCUCAAGCAUAUUAAAGGAACACUAAUUAAAAAUAUAAAUAUAUGGGGUGCUGAAACAGACUCCCUCCUGCAGCCUGAUUGAGAUCUUGAGAACUGUCUAACUGCGUAAAGCAAUUGCAGACAUAUGGUUCAUGUGUGGUAUUCGCUGCAAUCCUCCAAUUCAGUGCUUCUCUACGACACACUAGUGAACACACGCACAGCAGCAGUGGACGUAAAAAUAGAUUUCAUUUGAAUCUAUUUCGGUCCAAAGCUUGUAGUGUGCAUCUGCUCGACAGUCUGCAGAGGCAUGGUUAUUGCAAAAUGUAAACUGUGCCAUUUCCCAAAAACAGCAAUGUUUUCAACAUCAAGCCUGUGGUAGAAGCAUCAGUCUAAACGUCACUUUAUUACAAUUACAUCAUUUAGGUGGUCAGAAUGCCUUUUUGCUGGGUUUCUCAUAGUUACUUUGCCAGAACACUUACUGUGGUGCUUCCACUGACAUUAGUUGAACCAAUGCUUUACAUUAGUGACAUACAUGUAACUUAAAAGCAAAGCUAACAACAGUAUAGAGUCUCUAACUUCAAAGUAUUUAGAAGACAUUUCUAAGCUCCACUUAAGGCUCUUAGAUUGUUGCUUAACUUGUUUUGUGACUCAUAGUUAACUAUUAACCAUAUAAUUAUGAGACUGUGGUAUUUUAUCCUGCUACGUACUGCACUACUGGUUUAAUUUUAAUUUCUGUGAUGGUUCACCUUUUCUAUUGAAAAUCCUGUUGGGUUGGGCAUCCAUCUGGCACUCUUUGAGAUGGGGCCAUCCUAGUGUUGUGGGCAUAGACAGGCUAUGGAAUUCUACUAUGCUGUGCUUGAUCAUGUUUAGUGGAAGGGCUACACAGGGUUUGUAGAAAUAGAUUUCCCACAAAUGAUAAGUAGAGAAUUGGAGUCUGCUGUAGUGGUUAUGGUGACAGGAGUGCACUGUUGCUAUCCAAUAGUAAGCUGUCAAACCAUUUUAGCACUGUUUGACCAAUAACGCCAACUUUUUAUUAAUUUUUCUUCUAAUAACUCCCUAUUGUUCUUUAAAAAAAAAAAAAAAAAAAUUACAAUGUCUUUACUUGUAUCCAGUGCCCGGUGAAGCUUCCGACGCUGCGCACCACACAUGAGUGUUGUCAUGAGUCAUGCAGAGGUCCAAUCAAAGGCUUCUCAUAGAGCAGCCUUUGAGUGGACCAUUUAACGAGCUUGAAGCGCAUGUGCGCGCUUGGAGACAGCAAAGGAAGAGGGAGGUAGGGUGGGAGAAGAAGGGGAAAAAAUAGUGGACGGCAUGAUGAAGCAGGGAGAGGAGCAUUAAAGGAUGGAGGGAAAUGCUUCCCCUGCAGAGGCAGAGAACGUUUGUUGCCAGUGUGCCGUGCGCUUUGACGACAGAAGUAAAUUAUACACAGAAUUUACAUUCUGUAGCCUGGAGCAGAGUUCCAGGCUCCCAAAGUCAUUUGUGGGGGUUGUAACUAGUCCCUAGCACACAAUUGCAAAUAACUCCGGAGGUGCAGCAUUUCAAGCAUAUACUCUGCACAACUAGAUUCCUACCACCGUGACAACUUUUAAAAGCAGAAGUGGUCAUGGAGGUUGGAGGUAAUCCUUACCACUGGUCCAGCAGGAGAAAGCAGUUGUCCCUUUAGAGCAAAGCAUAUCGAAUUCAUGGGCUGAGAGAGCUCAAAUGAUUCUCCUAGAGAAGACUGAAUGCAGCACGGUCACCCAACGGGACCCAGGUAAGUUGUUAAAAUGGUGUGACAUUUUACUCUAGGAUGGCGCCAGAACACUCCAGGCACCAUAAUUACUACAGUGCGGUGUAGUGUUUAUGGUAUUUGGAGUGUUCCUUUUAAUGUUUUCAAAUCUUCACAAAGCCCCACUGGUGAAUCAAAUUGAAAACAAUAUAAAAAUAAUAAAAUAUUCAGUGUACAACACCAUACCGUGCAGUAAUUCUCUACAGAUCUGGGUCUUCCAUGGAAGGUGCUUUGUUUGUUGUAAAAACUGCUCCACAUGUUUUGUCUGUGAGGCCAUAUGAAGAUUGUAUUUGUCUUCCCAUUUACUAUUAUUUUUAGUGAAGUUCAGUUACAUAAGGCUUGUGCUCACCUAAUGGAAAGUAUUUUAUUUGUGUGUAUUAAGAUGCAUUUUAUAUUCCAUUUGGAGAUCUGAGGUACAGAUGUGUCUCUCGGUCUCAUUUCAACCAUGCAUAAUUGAGUUCUGUUGUGGUUUAAGUUUUAUUUAUGGGAAAUGAGGUUUGCAUGUCUGUUCCCUGAUCGCCUCUCAAUAUCUGUGUUUAAUAGCAUAUUUCCUAUGCCAGACAUUAGCUUUAAUGAUGAUGUGACAAAGAACAUGAUUAUAAUUUAUGUUGGAUGUAUAGACAUCAUGGUAUUCUGUUAAAGGUUGAGACAGCUGUAAAUGAUACACACAAAAUAAAGAUGAGACAAAGUCAGAAACUCAAACAUGUUAUGAAAUCUGGACUCACACAUUAAAGGGACACUCCAGACCUUUAGAGCAAUUUAGAAUAGAGGCCCAGCAAAUCAGAACCCUUUCACUGUGAGAACAGACCAAGCAGGUGUCUAGAGCAUAUGUAGCUCAACCCCCAGCAGAAUUUCUACUAAUCAGAAGCUCAAGGCCAGUUUUCACAUUAUGCAGAGUUGGCACCCACCCACAGGCACAUGUCUUGUAGGGGCGCCUGUAUUCAGCACGCACAAUGUACGUGUUGGAUGUUUGGUGGGCUACUGUGGGAAGAUAAGUACCCUGAGCCUUGGCCAGUGCCCUGUGUAGUCCAGUCAGACUCCUAUGCUUAAUAGCAGAGCUGCUAUCAGGGGCAGUUUUAGAGGUGCUCUACCAGCUCCUCCAGUGUCUGUGUGUGAGGCUGGACAGGAAGUGGAAGGGAAUCACUUCCCAUCUGCCCACUAACAGCCUCUCACACAGGGAGUGCCUUACAGGAAGAUCAGGGACACCACAGAGUGAUGCACCCUUCAAACUCCACAUGUCCAAAACAACUCAUUUUUUCCCGACUCUAAAUUUAACCUCUCCCAAAACCUAAACCAACCCUUUCCAAAAUGUAAACACUCAACAAAACAGAAAACCUUUAAAGGACCACUAUAGUUCCAGGAAAACAAACUCGUUUUCCUGGCACUAUAGUGCCCUAAGGGUGCCCCCACCCUCAGGGUCCCACUCCCGCCCCGCUUAAGGGGGAGGAAGAGAGUUAAACACUCACCUUUCUCCAGCAGUGGGCUCCCUCGGUGCUGGGGACUCUCCUCCUCCUUUGGUCGUCAUCGGCUAAAUGCGCAUGUGCGGCAAGAGCCGCGCGCAUUGAGCCAGUCCAUAGGAAAGCUUUCUCAAUGCUUAAAGUUGCAAUGCUUCUGUUUACUCCCAGCAGAUACACCUUAAUUCUACUACCAUUGCCUGGAGGCAUGUGUUGUUAAGAUGGAAUUAUUCACAGUAUAGUUAAUAGACCAGUUAGUGCAACAUUUACAUAUACUCAGCUAUCCGUGGGCUGCUAUUUUACACCAUUUUUUCCUUUGGUUGUAUGAAGUGAAACCCUGUGGGUGCUAAAACGUAGCCACUAUCUAGCAGUUUUCACUUUAUUGCACCUGUUGUAACAUUGCAUAAUUGCAUUCCUGACUCUAUAGUGUUCCUUAAGUAAAUAUGUUUAGCUAGAUCUGAAAAAUACAAUUUAACAUUGAAAUGCAUAUUUAUUUAUUCACUUCUAUCCUGUUACGGAGUUAACUCCAUUUUAUCACCCUGACCAUCAUUGCGUUUUUCUGUCACUGAAUAUGGGAAGUGGGAGAGCAGACACAGAAGCAAUCGGAGCUAAACUAAACUGAGAAUUCAAAGUUAAUAUAAUAUUUUUUGUGCUGGCCGUUUGUAAUUUUUUGCAUUUAACAUAUUUAUAAUGUUGCAGUUUUUUUACAGUAUAAUUGAAAUGAGUGCAUAUUUCAUGUCAUGGUUUCCUCUAACUAUAGAACUACAGAAUAUGCAUUAAUUGCUUUAUGAUUUUUGUCUGUUGUGUUUUGCAGGUCACUUUUCAAAUUCCACAAUGUUUGAUGGGGAUUAUGAUUACCUCAUCAAAUUUCUAGCGUUGGGAGACUCUGGCGUUGGAAAGACUAGUUUCCUCUAUCAGUAUACAGAUGGAAAAUUUAACUCCAAGUUCAUCACGACAGUGGGCAUUGACUUUCGGGAAAAGAGAGUGGUAAGUACCCUUAUCUCACGGUUUGUGUUUCAGAUCUGAUCUGUUAUGGCUGAAACCAUUACGAAGCCAAUCAGCCAAUACACUAGGGUUGAUGAGUAAAAUUUCACAUGGGAAAACAUGAGGCUGUUUUCUACUCUGUUAAUUGUGUUAUAGGUAAAAGCAACAGAAUGAAUGUUAAUUGAUGAAUUUAUUUUUUAAACAGAUAGUGUACUUGCAUAUUAAGUGUCAUUUAAUUAUGUUGGUUGAUGCCUAUUUUUUGCUUUUCUGUGGUGCUAGAUUUCUCUUCUGACAUAGUCCUAUUGCUGAUGUUUCUAGCUCAAUAUACCUGAAAGAAGUUAUAUCUUAGGGGUUACCUCCCAGAUAUUGUGAAUAUAGAAGAAUAUGGCUGGCCUGACUCCUACGUUUUGGUACAGUUCUGUUCUGCUGAGUUUUUUUUCUUUUGUGUUCUAAGGCAGAAGGGGGUUGUUUUAGUACCCUUCUGCACGUAAAACGUUUUUCAAUCUCACUCUGAACAGCACAAAAUGCCUUUCUAGGAAACUAGGCAUUCCCCUUUUUGUGAUUUGCGCAAUUCCCCCUAUUUUUGACCUUGCCAAUGCCUUGUACACUAUGUGCUGCCAUGUCAUGUGUAUGCUACACUACUCCAAAUGGACUUUUACAGGCCAGCAGUGUGGUCAUGUCUUUUUGACUUGUGAAAGCCCAUGAAUGAGUCUACUUGAAAAGUUACACAGAAAAAAGUAUGUGGUUUGUUUAGAACCAAAGUCAGGAAUGAUGCUGCAUGCCUCCCUUCUCCGUCCCCCUUGGAACCUCCAGGAGCUACCGCAUCAACCUGGUACCUCUACUCGCAGCCUGAGUUUCUUCACUGACAUCGCCCAACCAACAACCAGCCACUGGAUGUAGCGCUCCUAACCUCAAACCCAACCACUAGGCAAUUCUUAGUGAAGGAACAAGACAACUGGUUUAUUGAACAGGUGUCAAUGUGUCAAAUAAAAGUUGGACAAACAAGAAAACUAUGCUGCGACAACAUGGGAAACUGCAGUGACCUGGUGGGAACCAGUAAGAGUACCAACCAAGUAUCCACCACAUGUGCCAGGAUUUUGGGGUUAAGGUGGAUUAAAAAAAGCAAAAUGGACUGAGGGGGAUGGGAGCCAGUUUGUGUGUACACUGAUGACAACCUGAAAGAGGGGAGGGGAUUUCUACCCUGCGAAAGGUUAGAAUUCCUGCUACCAUUGAGUGGUGCAAGAUACACUGGAAUGUCAGCAAGCACUUGCAACGUUAUGUGCGACUCCUCGGUAAAGUUCUGGGAAGUUUACAAACUGGGAUUGGAUCCUUGCUGUCGUGUAACCCAUCUUCUCACCAUACAAAACCAUACCUCGUUUGAGUAUAGCAUGUGCCAACGACAUUGCGAUCAAUUGUCUAAUAUUUAUAUAGUCUCAGUGACCUGAAUUAAAGGGUCACUCGGACAAUCAUAGCACAGUCAGCUAUAGUGGUUAUGAUGCUAGAAGUAACCCCAGCACCAUUUCCUGGUAAUGGCACAUGUUUUGCCAUUAUUAGCCCUGUUACCUUGGUCCCACCUGGUGUUGGAUCUCCACUGUAUGCAGGUUUAUGACAUGCAGCUUCUGUAGAGUGGAUUCCCAGAGUAACUUAUCUAUUCUUUUCCAUAUUGGUCUGCUGCUGUCCUAAAGAGCCAUACUCCACUCUUCCCCCAGUUCUGCUACUUUUCCACCUUGUUUGGUGGCUGUCACCAUUGCUGUCCUGUUCUGUAUUUGUACCCCAUCUCCUCUAGACUGCUCAUUUGAGCAGCGCCCUCAUCUACCAAUUGUUCCUGUGUCACUGUGUAAUUGUCUCAUUUAUUGUAAACUUUCCCAAUUUCAUAAUAUUAUAAAGUGCUGCGGAAUUACUGGCGCUAUAUAAAUACCGAUGAUGAUGAUGAUGAUGAUAAUAGAGCUGUAUAAGCAGGAUCCCAGUCCUGCCAAUUAACUAUUCAUUCCAUCACCCAAUAAAUGAGCAUUUGUGCAUAGAAAUCUGCACAGAAUUGACAUUAGACAGCCUGGAACUGUUCUGGGCUGGCUAAUGAUGUCCCAACAUUGCUGCUGAGUGUGAAGUUACACCUCUGGCAGCAGUGGGGUUAAUCUCUGUAUGUGCAGCGUUCCAUAGAGAAAUGCUGCACAUGCAGACUCCAGACACCAUGACCACUAAAAUUAACUGAAAUGGUCAUGGCACAUGAAGUAACACUUUCAUAGAAUCCACUAACCCUAUAGACACUUGCCCUCAUUUGGAAAACGCGUGCAUGGUAACAAGAAGCGCGGGGGGGGGAGAAUUAAAAAAUACAAGAAUUAUGCUCAAUCAGAUGGAAAGAUCUUUGUCUUUAUAUAUAUUUUUUUCUAUACUUGUUCUGCUGUAAUAUUGAAUUGUGAAAAAAGUAUUCCACCCACAGAAAAUCAGUGAGAGAAGGUAUAUUGUGCAAAGUCUCUGUAGGGGUGGAAUUUCAAGUUUUUCUUUAAAAAUGCCUUAUUAUAAAAGCUGUUCUUUUACACAUGAAUGAAUAUACAACAUACUUUAAUGCUUAUUUGUAUUUUUUAUUCCUCUUUGAAGAGAAAAAACAUUGCCUCAUUGUAUUCUUUGACAUUUUCCGAUCAUUUCAUUAUCUACGGGUUGUACAGGUUUAGUAGGUGUACUGAUGCAGAGAGUCCUGUGCUAUGGUUCUGACGAUGCCUAUUAUAGCCUGUGCAGGAUGUAAUGACCUUUUUAAUAGUGUGAAGCUAGGGAAGGCAGAUUUAUGGUGUUAGUUGAGAAUGCACUGCUACUCAUAUCACUGACAGCCAGCAAGUGCCUGGCUUAUCUUAAGAGGCGUUGUUGUCCAACAUCAGCUGUGUGUGAAAGGUGCUUACAUGUAGGCGUAUAGUCUACCGCUGGAUACUUGGGGGACAUUGCAGCUGUCCUCUGAUAAGCAGAGAUUGAUUGGUAUUAGAGUCAUACAUCUGCCAUAUACAUGUCAUCUAUUAUCUGUGGAAAUGGUGCAUCAUUAUCCUUCCACACAAUUCUGUGAGAGUCUGUUUUGUAAGUUAUGGUUACACCUAUGAAUUACAUGUAACUCCAGCAAUGAGGUAUAAGGAACUGUUCCCAGUUUGGUACAUAGCAUAAGGUUUCCUAAUACAUUGAACAUUGUGAUUAACACAGUUUAACUCCUCUUUAAAUCUCUACUAUGAUUUAACUAUUUUACUAUUGAAUAUAUUUGACUCUCUUAGUCCUUUUAUGUGAAUACUCCAAACACCAUAACCACAAUAAAUCUUUUCAGUGGUUAAAAUGCCAGAACUUGUGUCAGCCCCCUCCAAUGUUUUAGAACAGUUUUGACUUUUUGCCUGCUGACAGUGGAGAGCCAGAAGAUCUGCAGUGCAGGGUUUAGCUCAUGGGUUGAGAGCGAUCAGCUGAUGCUCUCAGCCAAUGACCUAGCCCUGCAUGGCUUCUUCUUAGGGGCUACUGAAUUUCCAUCGUUCGCACUGAGUGUGUAGUGGCGCCUGCGUACCCCAGGUAAAAUGUCAAACCGUUCUAAAAUGGUUUGACUCCGUUCAGAAUGUGUGAUGGAAAUUUGGGGGAGGGAGGGGAGGUGCAGGACACUUCAGGCACCAUAACCGCUAAAGAGAGCUGCAAUGUGUAUGGGGCUUGGAGUCUUCCUUUAAGUGCCAUCUAUGCCAUUUAUGUUGCUUUGCAAUGUGCUGGCAUUAUCUCUGACGCUCUGAGCGUUGAAACUACAGUACUUCCCAACAACUGACAACUUAUCGAUAACUGAAAAAGACAUAAUCUCUCCACAGCUGCUUUAUUAGUUAAACAGAAGUUAGUUUAGACUGUGACACAGAGAAUCUCCAUUCAAGCUCUGAUUGAUCCCCAGAGAAUGAAAUAGUCUGAAGUCUGCGCUAUAUUUGGCAACAGUUGUUCAUUAAGUAUUGAAUAAAGGGAAUUAUAUGGUAUCAUUGAUAUUAGAAUGUCUUCAUUACUUUAGACCUAUAACCAUAAAAUGUAUGGCUUAUUAUAGCAGAGAGAUUUAUAUUCUUGUAUGUAGAUUUUCUGUCUUGUCUAAAGUUGUCUUUUCUGCUGAGUUGUCAGUACAUCCCACACAGACAGAACAUAGGGAUGUAAUAAAACAAGAAAUAAAUGCAACCGUGUAACUCGCGUUAAAGAAUAAACCAGCUUAUUUACUAAAGUGAGAAUUAUUGAAAUGCCAAAUUUAAGGCCAAAGUAGCUAAAAUGGAAAUAUUGUCUAAGUCAGCUAUUCUUCCAGUUUAACUAUUUUGGCCUUAAAGGGACAUGGUAGACACCCAGACCACUUAAGCUCAUUAAAGUAGUCUGGGUGCUGUGACCCUUUUGCACGUAGUUCUGCAAUGUUAAACAUUGCUGUUCCAGAGAACUGUAAUGUUUAAAUUGCAGCUCUAAGUCUGCCCCCAGUGGCAGAGGACAGCAACGUUUCGACCUGCCCCCAGUGGCUGUCUACCAGACAGCCACUGGGGGCGCUUCAGAAAUCCCAACGUACUUUUGGUCCAUUAUCUGAUGCUGGACAUCCUCACGGGCUUCCAGCGCCAGAUUUUUCCAUACAGAAAAGCAUUGAGUAAUGCUUUAUUAGGGGGAGGUCUAAUGCGUGCGACCAUUGCCGCGCAUUAGGCCUCGGGGGAGGAGCGUGGGUGGAGCCUGAUGUCCAUCUGCGCCGGAUUCACUUAAGUGGCUGAAGGGGGCUUCUUGGGAGGGGGGUACCUAUUAACCCUAUAGUGCCAGGAAAACGGCUUUGUUUUCCUGGCACUAUAGGAUCCCUUUAAAUUUGAAACUAACUUUUACUAACAAUUUUCAUUUUUUAGUAGAUAACCCUAAAAGUGUUCCAUUAGUGGCCAAUAAACAACUCGCAAAAGAUUUUUAUUUUUUAUUUUUUUUUAUAUAUAACACAAUGUAGUGUUCAACUCACAACGAUCAAAUAUAUGAUGAAAAUAAAAAGACAUAAUAUUACUACAGGUUUCUAUUCUUCCCUUUAGUUAUUUUUAUAAGAGAUCUCAAAUCUGUGAAUAAUGGCAAUUCUAGAAAGUGCUUUUAUAGAGAUACUCCUUGUGGUAUGAUGUGGAUGCUGAGGAUAAACAUUGGUGUAACUUUUAUCUGCGUAAUCUCAGCUCCCCUUUUAUCCUAGUCAAAUAACAAGUGGUGAGCGAGAUGUUCUAUUGAGCUUACGUUACACAUAUCCCUUGUAUAUACCAUUUAGAAUGUCUGUCUGGUUGUAAACCUGUUUAGUUUAUGUAUAACACUGUUUUUCUUUUCACAGGUGUACCGAUCAAAUGGCCCAGAUGGUACUGCGGGCAGAGGCCAGAGGGUUCACCUGCAGCUGUGGGACACUGCAGGGCAGGAACGGUAAGAUCUGUUAAAUAGAUGUGGUUUGAGAAUCUUCUUCCCCCCUCUGUAACUUAAAUGAAGCGGUUUUAUCUCUUUGGGGAGCAAACUGUGUAAUUCGGUACAUAUACUGUUGGACUGCAACUCUUGUUAUGCUUGGCUGAUAUUUUAGUGGUUCAAAAGUGAAUUAGAAGUUGCUCACUCAUACUUUCCCUAUUGUAUUUAGGGGUAUGACUGUUGGUAACUCACGUCUUUCUUGUGCACGGUUUGCCCACAUAUAGUGUGAAAUUCUCUACACUUCUAUUACGUUGUGUCCUGAACAAAAUAAUUUUUUCCCAAGACAGAGGACACUUUUUAAAAUAAAUUUAUUUUUUUUAGUUCAUGAUCAGAGAGUUGUAGAUAAAUUGUAUACGCUUUACUUGCAAAAAGCACAGCAAAUGUAUAGAUUAAAUUAUAUGCAACCUUAAGUUUGCAUACUGAAGGCAUCCUACACAAGAGUGGGGCAACCACAACUGGAUAAAACAGCUGUGUAUGAGCACCAAAUCAGUGGGUUUUAACCAGGGUGCUAUGACAAUAAAUACAAUACUACGAAAGAAAUUCCCCAAGCACUCAAGGUGUUAAAGCCGCAGGCAGUUUUAAUGAAACAAAAAGGACAGCAAUGUUUAAACCUGUCAAGAGGUCUUUUUCAAGCUUGAAAAAUACCUCUUCGCAGGUCGAAACGUUGCUGUCCUUUUUGUUUCAUUAAAACUGCCUGCGGCUUUAACACCUUGAUUGCCUGGGGAAUUUCUGUCAUUGCGGGAUUGCUGGUAAUAAAUACAAUACUAUCUAACAAGCCAUUUAUAACUCUGUUUGACCAGAAGUAUUCAUAUGUCUUUAGUAAGCCUUCAAGGGAAUUUGACUAUAAGCUGCUGAUGAAGAUGAGAAUAUCUUGUGUGCCUUUGAAUUUUUUCUCCCAUUUAAAUUUAAAUGGGAGAAAAAAUUGGUUUUAAAAAGGUCUGUGAACCACUGCCCCAAUGGAGGAAACUUGACUAGCAUUAAAUAUUGAUUACAUUUCAUGUUAAAGUGACACACAGCCAUGCUAGAAAUGACCCUUUAAAGUCCACUGUAUCAACAACCACAUUGAUUCUUCUUAAAUGGAGUCUUUAUCGGGGCAUAAACACAAAUUUUCCUAUAGAUCUUUUUUUCUUAACCCUUUAAAGCUUUUUAAAUUAACUUUAGCUUAGUGCCAGAGGCUAUUCAUUCUGCAUUUUCUCCAUGAUGAUUAUUUUAUCUUUUUAUAUGAUCUUUAAAUCUAACAUUUACUACUUCACUAAUGAAUCUGCAGAAUAUAUCACUAAUUAUUUCUAUGUAAAGAUUUAAUUCCAUGCUAGAGUUUAAAGUUGUUGCAUAUGAGCUACUGCAAACGUGCAAUUAGACGUUCUUACCUCCCUAAAGAUUGGAAAGGCUUGAUAUUGAUAAUGUCAAAGUGUCAAUUCCACAUUUUGCAAGACGGCUGGAGAGGGCACAAGCUCUCUAUUGUCCGUGUUCAAACAAGUAUAACCUAUCCUGAUGUUACUAGCAUUUAAAAAAAUAAAUAGAACAUGAGUUUUAUGAUGUUGGGUCGAUGCUGCUGGUUCCGGCACUGCUGAGACUACAUACGGAGCCCGUGUGUUUGUUCCGUACAUGAAGCGCAUCCAGUCCCAAUACAUAGAUAAGGGUUGACAGUUCCACAUUGAUACAUACAAUGGGAUCUAGGUAUUGUUGCAUUUGAACCAGAAGAUGUUUUUUGAUUUUACAAGCUUUUUAUGGACUAACCAUGCCAUUCUUAUGCCUGCAUGGAGUGAAAUUUUGGGAGUAGGAGAGAGGAGGCUGGAAGAGAGCAAAGAUGGGGAUAAGAUGAGGAAAAAUCGGGUAGGGGAGACUGCUGCCGACAGGGUAGGGAUAACAUCCGAAACUACCACGAUCAUAUGUUGCCCCCAUUGUCCUAUUCUCAUAGAACCCGCAUUUUCUAAAACACUGUUGAUUGAGUGAUUUCUAAUGUGUGCGUUCAGUUUUCCAUUAAGCAAUUGUCCCUCAUUUUUAGUUUUAGUCUCUCGAGAUCGGGGGUGUCUCAUCUUUUAAUAGGGGGUCGGUCUUUGUAGAACACUGGAGGCAAGAGCCGUCACCUCGACCCAGUACAACUCUACUGUUUGGCACCCACAUGUGGUGGUAAGCGCCCCUAUUGCCUCAGUAUCUCCCACAUUUGUCUGUCCUUGUUUUCCCCAUGCAGUGUAGUAUUCCAACGAAAUAAAGUUUUGAAUCACUGUUACUGUAAUGUUACACAAAUCAAGGUUUUGGCAUUAGCUUCCAAGAUCUCUUCCAAUUCCCCUCCCUCCCGAGUCUGUCCCAGAUCUUGUUCCCAUAACUCAGUGUAUUUUAGGUUUACCCAUUCGUUUUAGUGAGUGCACAGGUGUGUGUAGAUCUGUGAUGUUAAUCCUUUCUGAGGUGCCUUGUAAGUACAUAACCUUUCAAAUAACGUUAUGAGGGUCCUGGCUGCCUCUUUUGUAUCGCCAAUGUUGGCUCUUAGUUGUAGAUAUCUAAAAUAAUCUCUAGGAAAUAACCUGGUUUUGUUUUGGUGUUUGAAUGGGAUAAAAGUGUUUUCCUGAAAUAGGUGGCUGAUCCAUUGUAGUCCAGCAUAUUCAAUGCUAUUACAGUCCUGCAUAUUCAAUGUAGUCUCUGGGUCUCAUACCCAAGAGAAAUGCCCUAUGCCGUAGGUAUGGAGUCAUAGAUGAUGGGGUCAAGGUCAGUGAGAAUCUAUUUGUGGUAGCAUCCCAUAGUCGUGGGGAAUUUUAAGAUUGCUGGGCAAGAAGUGCAUAAUAUUGGUCCUAGUCCUCUGGCUAUUCUGAGUCUAUACUGUAUGAUGCACACUACUGUGUCGUUUGUUCUGCCAGAUGAAAUUAUUUAUAGCCAUCUGUAGGCCUUUUUUGGUAAUGGGGAUCGGCAGUGACUGAACGUUCGUCUGGGGAGAAUAUUCAUUUUCACUACAUGAAUAUGUCCUAUACACAAGUUAGUAUUCUCAUCACAAGCUAUAGGAAAAGAAAAAGGGGUAGAUAUGGGGAAGAUCAACUAAGCAGUGCUCUAAACUGGACAAGUUCUACCAUAAAAUACCCAAUUAAAAUAAAGUCACAAAAAAUAAAUGAACAGGAUACAUCUGAACACCAAACCAGGAGUUAAAACUCAGGAUGAAUAGGAGUAUAUAAAAAUCAAUAAUAAAGAAAUUCCAAAAUAAAUAAGUGUGUCUCUAUAUGAAAUGUCCAAACUUGUGUUCAAAUAAACUCAAUAGUGCAUCAGUUCUCACUGUCCAAACAUGUAGCAAAAAAGUCAGUAUAUUGUAAGAUAUCACCUUGGAAUCAUAUCUCAGACACUAAGUGCCUAAAAUAGUACUCUGCCAAUAAGUAUAAGUAUAGCAGUGAUUCAUAAAUAUCCAAUUCACUUUCAACCAUAGAAUAAGGUAGUGAACAACAGGAACAUGCAGAUAUUGAGGAUCAUUAGGAUCUGCAUGGGACACUAUAGGCAUCAAAACAACUUUAGCAUAAUGAAGCAGUUUUAGUGUAUAGAUCAUGCCUCUAAAGUCUCACUGCUCAAAUUUCUGCAAUUUAGGAGUUAAAUCACUUUUUUUUUUCCUGCUUAUGCAGCCCUAGCCUCACCGGUCAUGGCUGUCACUGACAAAGCCUGCAUGAAAAAAUUGUUUCAUUUUUAACCAGAUGUUUAUUUGCUUUAGACCAGGCUUCCUCAAACUCCGGCCCUCCAGAUGUUGCUGAACUACAACUCCCGUGAUUCUCAGGCUAUCUAUUUCAUUCAUAGAAUCAUGGGAUUUGUAGUUCAGCAACAUCUGGAGGGCCGGAGUUUGAGGAAGCCUGCUUUAGCCGUUUUUUUGCGGCUCUGUAAAUUGAACUUUUAUCAUACACAGGUGGCUCCUGCAAGGUCUAGCAAGCUAUUAACCGAGCAGGAGAUAAGAAAUUUUAAAUUAAACAGAAUUUGCAAUAAAGCAAGUAUAAACAUUAGAUCUCUCUUUACAGGAAGUGUUUAGGAAGACUGUGCAAGUCACAUGCAAGUAGUUGUGUCUAAGGCUGCAUAAACAAAGUAAUUUAACUCCUGAAUGGUAAAUAACACCAAAACUGUUUCAUUAAGCCAAGGUUGUUUUGGUACCAAUAGUGCCCCUUUAAGGGUGUGACAAAGGUUGCUAAAACAACUGUUACUAAACGAUUAUAAAAGACAGUCGUGGAUGCAUUGUCAUUUACAUUAUUUCCCGGUAUAAGAAAUCCUAGCUGCUUUACUGUGUUUAUGGUAUGCAUGUUAUGGUAUCAUACAUCACAUACAGUAUAAUAGAUACCCAAAUAUAGCCUGGCUAGCCUGGAAAAUAAGAUAACAUUCACCAGUGAAGGCGUGUCCAGUCCUCUUUGUGUUACACAUGUCGCUUGGAAUAAAUGUAUACCUGGUACAGUGCUCAAAAUGCCAGUUUUUCUUUUAAGGCUCCUCCAACCCACUAUGAAAACCAAAAAUUUACACCAAGGGGUUGGCAGAUAUACUGUUGAUUCCUAUAGGUUAGCUGGUGAAGUAGCUCACUUGGUAAAUUCCCUGACUACAAAGCCUGUAGUCAGGGAUGCAAGGUUCUCAGGUUCAACUCAGCCCUUCAUCCUUCCGAGGUCAAUAAAAUAAGUACCAUCAAUUGGGUAAUAUCAUCUAUUACUAUUCAGCUGCCAAUUUGGUUAAUCCCGAGAGCGCUUUAAGUCCUACUGGGAGAAAGGCACUAUAUAAAUUCACAUCUAUGGUGUCGAAGUUUGGCAGGAAAGAAAAUCAAUUUUGCCUAUAUCCCCUGUCACAUGGAGGUUUAUAUGAGUAGCCAGAGUAUAAUUAGAUGUUGUUGGCAUGCAAUUUUAAUACAUUACAUUUUUAAUUCUUUCUUUCUUUCCUUUUUACAUUUUUUUCUUUAUUCUUUCAGAUUCCGCAGUCUGACAACUGCCUUUUUCAGAGAUGCAAUGGGUUUCCUUCUGCUUUUCGAUUUAACCAAUGAACAAAGUUUCCUUAAUGUUAGAAAUUGGAUAAGUAUGUCUUUUUAAAAAAAAUUUAAAAAUAUUAUUUUAUUUAUUUUGAAAACUAAAACCCCAUUUAGGAGCAAUGUAAUGAAAAUACAUAUAUCUGGCUUUUAAUUCUAUGAUUCCGCUGCUUUACCUUGUCCCUCUCUGUAUGGAUAUGUUAUGUAAUAACUGAACUGUCAUAGUCUAUUUGGAAAGAAUUAUUAUUCAAUUAGUGCUUGUAUUACAAAAUAGCUCUUAUGUUUGCAGACUAAGGCUUGCCAAGAAGCCAGCAAAUUGACUUGGCUUUUAAUCGGCCAUUAAAUGGAAAAGGAAACAAACAAAAAUGUGCUUUUUCGUUUUAAGCUAAAAUUCCUAUUUUUUUUUUAUUUUUUUUAUGUUUUGUUACUAUAGCUGUAGAACACCUGAUAGAAUCUACAUUGUCUAUUAACAGGAAAUGUAAAAACUAGGAUAAUUUGCAAGUCCGAAUUGAAUAAAUGCACAGAUUUAGGAUUAGUUAAAAGCCCCUCUGACAAAUCACAAAUAGGUAAAUUCUGACAAUUUUCUUCAUGUAUGCCCCUUUAGACAUGGGGAGGUCUGUUUAUUUUCUAUACAAAAUCCAGCCCAUUCACUCAAUAAAAUUCUUCUUAUACUGUAUUUAAUUUUACACAAUUUCUUUCAAGAGUUAGAACUACCUUAUCAAUUGGCUACUGUAUCAACACUUUCUCUUUAUCUUGUUUGUUAAAGGAAGCUCAACUUGUUUUGUGGCUUUUUGUGAAUGCUAAGGGGGAACACCCUUCUCUUCUGCAAACAUCUUGCUGUCUAGCAGAAACUGUAUUGAUUCCCACCCAAGAUCAAAUAUUGCACAUUUGUUCUGGAAUGCAGCGAUUCUACAUCGCAAGUUGGGUUAAAGUUUAGGACGUUAGUUUAUUAAAACAGCUAACUAAGCGAACUGGCCACUAUUCUGUAAACCCUAAAGGAAUAACCCUUAACCUUUUUUAUUGUCAAGAACUUAAAUAAUGCAGACAACUAUUUUUAUUUGGAAUGCCUAACAUAGUAUGUUUUUACACCUGUUCUCCUCGUCUUACCUUACACAACUUGCUUUUCCACAAUCAUUUCAAUCUAGCUCAAUUUUCCAGUGAACUCCCAUCUGGCGUGUCUUGCGUUUGUUUGGUUCAAUGACAUCCCCGGAUAACUUGCUCUGUACUUUGAACUUGCUGUGUCACCUUUAAUACAUUUAUUUGUUUUUAUCCUAUUGUACAGUGCUCCGGAAUAUGCUGGAGCUAUAUGAAUAUGUACACAAUAUUUGUUUUGCAAUUUUUUUUAUUGUGAUCUGACAUAUCAGGGGUGUGGAAUAUUUAAAAAAACAAAAAUAAAAAAAAUUCUUGUUUAUUAGGACAGGCUCCUUGGCCUGGCACUAAAUUUAAUAUAACUUUCAAAAUUAAAUCUGAAUAGAACAAGUCAAACACAGCCCUGACCAAUCGGCAUCUCCUCAGAGAGGAAUUGAAUCCAUUUGUCUCUAUGAGGAAAGUUCAGUGUCUGCACACAGAGGGUGGAGACACUGAAUGGCAGUGCUGCACACAAUGCAGGACUGUCCCAGGAAGCACCUCUAGUAGCCAUCUAUGGAGAGGCCAGUGGAGUUAUCCCUAGGCUGUAAUGUAAACACUGCAUUUUCUCUGAAAAGACAGUGUUUACAGCAAAAAGCCUGAAGGGAAUGAUUCUACUUACCAGAACAAAUGCAAUAGGCUGUUUUUGUUCUGGUGACUACAGUGUCCCUUUAAGUAAAAAAUAAAUAAAUAAAAAUGGUUGAAUCUGACACACUGCAACGCAUACCCACAAACACACUCUCUAACCCAUACUCAUACACAGACUAACACACUGAGCCAUUUAAACACAAACUAAAUCUGACGAACAUACUGUACAGCCCAAUUCCGUCUGUCUCAUUACCAGCAACUUUUAUCCUACAUUCAGUGUGCAGCUUGGUCCCUUGACUUUUCUGUCCUCCAUGCACAGAGUGUUGGCCACUGGGUUAUGAUGUCAUGCUGCAUCCCUGCGGCCAUGAACACUGUGCAUCGCGAGAAGUGGCUCCUGUCCUUGUACCUACCCAUGACUGGCAGUCUGCUGGCACCCCUAUUUGGUUUUAGGAGAAGCGGACAAUCUUUACACCUCACAAAAUACCCCCUGAUCGCACAGCGCCCGGAACUGCAUGUCCCCAACAUUGGGUUUUUAUAAAGUCCACAUCCUUGCAUAUACUAAACUAAAUCCUGCAAAAUUCUGCUAUUACUCUUAUCAGUGCCAUAGAGGUGCUACUAUAGGUGCAUUUUAAACCUUACAGUGAUGAGUCUAACAUGUCCUACUGUCCCAACUCUCUCAAUGAAAAUUAGAAGCUUCUGAUUGGCCAAGCUUUUUUCUGGAGUGGUUAAAGACUGAUGAUGUAAUGUGUGGGUAUUUACACACUUAACAAUUUAACGUGGCCCUCUCAAAUAAGCCAGCUGUGUUUAAUUUAAAGGGACUCUCCAGUGCCAGGAAAACAAACUGUUUUCCUGGCACUGCAGGUCCACUGUCCCUCCCACCCCAUCCCAUGUUGCUGAAGGGGUUCAAACCCCUUCAGUGACUUACCUGUAUCUAGCGCCGAUGUCCCUCGAGGCUUGGUCAUGCUCCGUCCACGUUCCUCCCCGCCGACGUGAGCCGGCAAGGGAGACCUAUUGAGCAUGCGCGUCCGGCGGGGGAGACCUAAUGCGCGGCAAUGCCGCGCACGCACAUUACACCUCCCGAUAGGAAAGCAUUGAAUAAUGCUUUCAAUGCUUUCCUAUGGGGAUUACGGUGACGCUGGAGGUCCUCACGUAGUGUGAGGACGUCCAGCGUCGUUAUAACACACUUUUCGUGUUCAAUGAACUAGAAAAGGACUUAACCCUCAAGGUAAAUAUUGCAGUUUAUGAAAACUGCAAUAAUUACACUUGCAUGGUUAAGGGUAGUGGGAGUUGUAACCCAGACCACUCCAAUGGGCAGAAGUGGUCUGGGUGCCUGGAGUGUCCCUUUAAUGGCUGUUUACAGAUGUUCCUGAAUGUGUUUACUGUUUUACCAACUGGUCAAUAAACCUCAUAUUAUGGGAAAUUUCAGCAUAAUGUGAAAAAUGUGUUCAUGUGCUGAGAAAGAUUUCACAUCCUCCCCUAAGGCUUUGUUCUGGAGUAUAUAUGCUGUAAGUCCAUGUCAGGACAGGCCCUCCAGGCUUGUUGAGUUCUAAUAUGGUGUGAACUAGAAAGACAGGAAGGGGAAGUUCUAUGGAAUCUUCUAAUAAACAUACCUUGUUCUUCAUACAAGUUUAUUGGUGUAUGUAUACAUAGAAGGCUAUUAUUUGCUUAUUUUUGAAGCAAUGUGGUAGCUAUUAUUAUUUAAUUUAUAAAGUGCCAGCAAAUUCGGUAGCACUGUACAAUGGGUAAUUGUAACCAGACAAAUGGACGUACAGGAAUGGAGGGGUUGAGGGCCCUGCUCAGUGAGCUUACAUGCUAGAGGGAGUGGGGUAUAGUGACUCAAAGGGUAUAAGUAGGGGUAAUGAAAUGGGUUACUAGAAAAGUAUUCACUGAGAACCUAGUAGGCUUUUUUUGACAGUUGCAGGAGAGGAGUCAUGGGGGGGUCGGGGUGAUGAAAACCCGCUAGCAGUUUAAAUGAUAUGCUUUCCUGAAGAAGUGAGUUUUCAAAGAUUUUUUUUGAAGGUGUGGAGACUGGGUGAAAGUGAAACUGAGAAGGGAAGGGAGUUCUACAGAAAAGGUGCAACCCUGGAAAAGUGUUGGAGGCGGGCAUCAGAUGUGGGAGUACAGACAGAGGAUAGACGUUCUUCGGCAGAGAGCAGGGGCCUCGACGGGACAUAUUUGUGUAUUAUGGAGAAUAGGUAGGUUGGAGCAGCAUUAUGUAGGGACUUGUAAGCAAGCACCAGAAUCUUAAAUUGAGCCCUAUAUCUAACUGGAAGCCAAUGUAGGAACUGACCGAGGUGGGAGGUGCGGGCGGACAGGAAAAUGAGCCUUGCCACUGCACUCAUUAUAGAUUGCAACGGUGCAAUCUGGGAACACGUAAGACCACUAAGAAGGGGAUUGCAGUAGUCAAGGCGAGAAAGAACAGUGGCAUGGAUCAGCAUCUUAGCUGUGUCUGGUGUUAAAAAAGGCGGAUGCGUGCUAUGUUUUUGAGAUGGAAGCAGCAGGAUUUGGAGAACGACUGGACAUGAGGGGUGAAGGAGAGGUCAGAGUCAAAACAAACACCUAGGCAGCGAGCCUGCGAGGUAGAGGUGAUGGUGGCGCUGUUGACUUGGAAGGAGGAAGAUGAAGAGCCAGAGAAUGAAACACUGAAAAAGCGCUGGGAGAGAUGGGAGGAACACCAGGAGAUAGCAGUAUCCCGUAGACUGAGAUUACGAAGAAUGAGAAGAAGCUGUUGAUGAUCAACAGUGUCAAAGGCAGCAGAAAGAUCAAGGAGAAUUAGGAUAGCGAGAUUUUGCAGCGAUUAAAUCGUUGGAUACUUUGGUCACAGCUGUUUCAGCAGAAUGACGAGCACGGAAUCCAGACUGAAGCGGGUCAAGCAGAGAGUUGGAUUCAAGGAAGUCUGUCAAUCUCUAAUACAAAACUCUCUCAAGGAUUUUGUAGGCAAAUGGCAGUAGCGAUAUAGGGCGGUAGUUGGAUGGGAGUUUGAGUCAAGGUUGGGCUUUUUCAGAAUAGGUGUUAGGGUUAUGCCGGAGGAAAAGGAGAGAUGGAAUAUUUUAGUGAGAGGGAGACAGUGCGGGUGAGACAUGAGGGAAUAUGAUCGAGGGCAGAAACCUCUUCCGUUGUAGUAGGUGCAAAUGAGAUCUCUUCCUUGAUUGUAGAAAUCUUCUCAGUGAAGUGAGUUGCAAAGUUUGAGGCGGACAAGGUAGAAGGACUAAGGGGAGCAACAGGGUAUUGAAGUAAUUUACUUUUGCAGAGUGUAGGAGCGCAGCAUAAAUUUAUAGUGGAGGAAGUCAGGUGCAGAGUGAGACUUUCUCCAACAGCAUUCAGCAGUUGUUGAACAUUUUUGGAGAUAUCGGGUAAGCUUGGUGUGCCAGGGUUGUAAUUGGGAACGCUUUCCGCAUUUAAAUAUAGGAGGUGCCAUGAUGUCUAGUCGAGAGGAGAAAGUGGAGUUGUUAAACUACUUUUUUUUUUUUUUUUUUUUUAAUUAGAACCAGUUGAAUAGUUCAAAGUACCAUUUUACUCUGCAAUACACUCUAAGCGCUAGAGCUUGUUAUAGUGAUUAUGGUGAAAGGAGUCUGCGCCAUAACCCUGGUUUGCAUGCUUCCAUUUAGGAGUGGUUUGGGGAAAGAAUGAGGUCUCUUGGCACCUACAGCCUGUACCCUUUUCUGUGACUCUGCUGAUGUAGAGAUGCAUUAGUCUAUCCAACUCUGGUUGGUAAUGAUGGACUUAAAGCUCUGGACUAACCUGUCUCCAGAGUUCUAAACCUAUCAUCCCAAAAUUGGAAAAUAUGUUUACUUCUGGCAUUCGCUGAGCUGCAACAGAUGAGUUGGUUGAAGGUGCCAGAAGAAUCCUGUUUUUAUAUCCCAUGAAAUCUGUUUGAUACUACUUGGAGAAAAUAGGUGGAAAUGGAGAGGGACUACAAAGGCAUGAAUGCAGUAAAACCACAAUUUAAGUUGUUUUGGUGCCUAGUGUCCCUCUUACCUUUUGAUCUACUAUUUCAGAUACAAGGGUGGUGUAACUCCUAUGUCCUUGCAAAUAUGUAAAAUAAAAGAAUAAAACUGAUGGUGUCGUAUGUCAAAUACAAUGAUAAAAAGAUAAAAGGAGAUAAUCCACUCAAACUUUUUGGGAGCCUGGGUGUAGCUCCAACCUUUGUGCUUGGGCGGAUUAAUCCCGGCCUAGGGAUAUGCUGUGGUCCAUGGGUCUGCAAAUGGUCUUCCUCUUACAAUAUCCUCAUAGAUAUGUAGGAGAAAAAAAUAAAUAAUAUGGUGUAGUAUGUCAAACAAAAAAAAAGAGUAAAACAGGAUAAAAGAUGUGCACUCACACAUUAUGGAGAGAACAUCGGCUCUCCAGAUAUGGCUUGGAGUGGUAUGAUCCCCACUCUAGGAUAUAAAAGGUGCUUGGGCCUCUCUGUGUGUAAACAAAGAAGAGAAAAAAGAACCAAAAUAGUGUGUAUCUAUAGAAUUAAAAUCUGAGCUGUAGAAUAAAACUGUAGUCACACUCUGUGGAGCAAAUGAGGAUUGCUCAAGCCAAUAGGCGUAGGUGUUUUUUUUUGUCCCCACCAAAGAUCUAAGCAUCCAGAAUUACAUCUCCAGAACAUGAAAAUCCUACGGCAGAGUACUGUACUUUUUAUGGGACCAUGCUGAUCGCCGCUAGAUUUAUGAACGCUUAGAUCCUUGGUGGUGACAAAAAAAACACCUAAGCCUAUUGGAUUGAGCAAUCCUCAUUUGCUUCACAGAAUGUGAGUAUGGUUUUAUUCUACAGCUAAUAUUUUAGUUCAGUUUAGACAAAGAGAAUAAAAACACAAUCGUGUUCUAACUGUAAAACUAAAAUAAAGUCUUAUAGGGUGCCUCAUGAUGCUAUAAAAUGAAAGGCUCAUAGGUAUCGGUCUUAAAAAAUGGCCAGUGGAUAUUAUAAUAAUAAUCGUGCCUCAUGAGAGAGCUGCAGGAUUGAUAGUGAGAUGAGGUAAGAUAUGAGAGAGAAGCAGUACACUAAGGAGGCAAACAAUACCUUGCCUGCUGGAAAAUACAGCAUCCAGUCACCUCAAUCAAGCAGAAUAGCCACCUUAAUCAAGCAGAACGGCUUAACAAAUUUUUCUCAUUGUUUUAUUGUAUUUUUCUUAUCACUCUUCUGAAAAUAACACAAAUCUCAUGGUUCAAAUUGAAUGGGUUGUUACCUAAACCAUUCCUACAUAACACUCCCACGCUACAUGAGAUCUUGUGCAUGGCUCUCUGGUCUAGCCAUAGUUUUUAUUGAUGAAUUUAUAUAGAGCAAUGUUUAGUGGGUAUAAAAACAGGCAUGUUUGAGUCAGUGCAGUGGGGCAUUUUGUGUGCCCAUGACAAUAUUGUAGCGGGAGUAGAAAUUGAUAAACAGUAAGGAUUACACACACUUUCCCCAUGACACCUAACCCAUGUCUAUCCUUUAAUUAUACGAACUCUCCACCCAGCAUGCGACACAUUCUCCGUAAUCAUCCCGAGCACUGCCUCUACUCAAAGUGUCACUGGUUUCAGAGGAGACCUAGUGUCCCGGGUUGGGGACCGAGGUAACAGGGCAAAAUGGUUUGCCAAUGGCAAAUUGCAAAAUGUGCUUUAAAAUACCCAAGCUGUGACAAUAUAGAAGAUUUCUAUUUUUUUUUUUUUUCAGAUCCGCACUUUUUGUCUAAAUGUUGCAAUUUGAUUUUAAGUGGAAUAAAAAUUGUAGCGUAAAGAAUUAGCCCUCCCUGAAUAAUGUACUUUACCCCCCACCCCCAGUUUACACUCAUUGGUGGUCUGUACCAGUGGAGGCAGAUAUUAUAGCAUGCAGACGUUAAAGGCAGGAGUAGAUCAAGGGAACCGAUCCACCUUUGGUAUCAAAGAUAUUUAAUCUGCAUUGAUGAUAAGCUCUUCGACUCCUAAAUAAUAUCCAGUAAUGUUUUUGCAAUUUAAUGUAACAAGUAGCAAAUGGAAAUAUUAUUUAAUUCCAAAAAUGUUGGAAUUUUAAAUAUUAAAAUGUAUAUUGAGGUUUAUAUAAAGGAGACACAAAUGUUGCUUUUAGCAUUUCUGUAGGUUUUGUAGUUUUAGUUUUUUGUUUUCUGUUUUUAGUACUUUAAGUAGGUAAUGGUUGGGAUUAUUCUAAUUACAUCAUAUCCCUACAUUGCUUACUUAGCCUGCACCCAUCCUCCUCUUCGGCUUAAAUUCUUUUUGACAUGGUUUUUCAUUGUGAGGAUUUGCACUCCUCUGUUUCUAAUUGUUAUAUAAAUAAUGAAAGUUUUAUUAGCAAUGGUUUAUUUAUUGCCAUGUUUGGCAGAUAAUAAAAUAUGGCGAGAUGUCAUGCAGUGCUGUGAGCUUGUGAAACAGUCUGGGAAAUGAUCUAACAUAGGCUGAAAUGUCCUGCAUUGGUUUCACCCACGCAAGUGUGUUUCAUGAUGUGAUGGCGGUGCACUAUGUAAAUAAGGCUUCCCCAAACUCCGGCCUUCCAGAUGUUGCUGAACUACAACUCCCAUUAUUCUCAGCCUAUCUAUUUCAUUCAUAGAAUCAUGGGAGUUGUAGUUCAGCAACAUCUGUAGGGCUGGAGUUUGGGGAAGCCUGGUGUAAAGGAAUAAUGCAACAAAAAGAGUUUUCAGAACACCAGUGAAGUGGUCAUGGUGCUUGGAAUAACCCUGUAAGGAUUUUUCUCUGGAGGACCUGGUUUUCCUACUUAUUGUGAUGAGCAACCCCAUUUGUCACACCCGUAGCUUAUGAAUACUCUGAUAGCCUAAGGUGCUCUGACUUAGAUGGUGAUCCCCUCAUACCCAGCCCUUUCUCCCCAUUACCCACUAAUUUCCUCCUUUGCGUUCUUCACUUUAUUCUUCAGUCAUAUUCUUUAUUCUUUCUGGUACGCAUUCCUUGAGGUCACUAUAAAAUGUACCUAAUCAUGACUAAGAUGGGCAAGGUUGAGAUUAUCUGUUAUAAUUAAUACAGUUUACAUGAGCUGGUGUCUUGUUUGCUAUAUUAUGUUCACAACCAUUUCUCUUGAUUUAUUGUGACUAUGUUCUCUUUUUGUCUUCUUGUCCCUUAUAUUUAUUUCUUGAAUCAAAGUAAAGAUUGUCUCAAAAAAAAAAAUACUACCAAGGAUGGAGUUACACAUACAGCAGUUAAGGGGUUCAUCUGGGUAUGUGCAGCAUUUCAAAGCAAAAUGCUGCACAUAUCACAUCACUGAAGUGAUCACUGUAUUUUUUAAUUUAAUUUUUAUAUAUAAAUAUAAUAUAUUUUUUCUUAAAUUGUUGCUAUUCUAUGUUUCCUCUCUCUCUCUAUAUCUAUAUAUCUUUAAUUUUAUUUUUUUUAUCUUAGUAUUUGGUAAAUCUGCUAGAGUAUAAAAUAAAUAACAUAAAAGAAACAAACGUAAACAUACUAUUACUCAUUUUUUUUUUUCUUUCAGGCCAGCUUCAAAUCCAUGCAUACUGUGAGAACCCAGACAUUGUGCUGUGCGGAAAUAAAAGUGAUCUGGAAGAUCAGAGAGUGGUAAAGGAAGAGGAGGCCAAGGAAUUUGCAGAGAAAUAUGGGUGAGCCAUUUCCUCCUGUGUAUUGUUUAACCUGGCACACACCUCCUCUGCACGGCCAGAGUUAUAUAUUAUAUUCAUAUUAUCCCCUGCUCUGUCAAGUCAUAUAGAGGACAAAGCUCUUUCCAAAACUACUCUACAAACCUACAUGCUGCAUGUAGAAUACAUACACAUGGAUAUUCAUUAAACUCAAAAUUUGAUCAAAUUAGCUGUUAUAUGAAUUUUUCCAAAGCUGCUAUUUUAGAAUCAAUUUUCCAUUCAGAUUUUCUUUGGGAUAAUUUUUUUUUAUUUUUUGGAUUUGUGUGUAUUACAUGAAUGUUUUAGAGGUAGAAAAAAAAACGUACAGUCAUCAUAUCCUAUUUCAGCACAGAAUCAAUAACAAUUAACUUAAUAUUUGACAUAGUAAUGCUAGUUAUCAAUCGCAUUGCUUAAUAAUGGUAUACCAUGAAGUUAAGGCCUCAUAAUUGUGCCUCCGUUUUACAGCUGAAAUGUGCGACUAAGCUCCCAGCUAUUCGGGAAGGUGACUGCAGGAAGUAGACAUAAGAGAUAAGGGUGAAGAUAUAGGUGUGACAGAUAUUUAUUUGGAAAUGUAACUACCUGAGAGAGGAGUGGGGUGCAGCUGAUAAUGCAGUGAGGGAACAGAAUUACCCCUCUGGAUCUCUUGGCCAAAGAAUGGUUUGUAAAACAACCCAACAGAAAUUGGUACAUCUUGGACUCCUCCAUUACUCAGUGUAUCCCAUACAGGGUGCAGUUAAAGAAGGCAGUAGCUAGAGGAUCAGGGGUGAGUGGGUAGAAUGAAGAGAGUAGGGAUAAACUAGGAUCCCAGUAGACUUGGCAUGUCCACCUAGGAGUAACGUGCCCCCCUUUGGGAAAUGUUAAACUUAAGGGACAUUGGCAACAGGAAGUAGAAAUGACUCGCCAAUGCAUGCAGAGAAAGCGUCCUUCGGCCGGUCUAAGCAGUGAAGUAUGUGUUAUGUAACUGUGUAUUCGAUUAAUAAUAGUAUAGUAUGGAGAGCAUAAAAAAUACCAUGCGUGAAAGCCUUCCUAUUGUUCCGUAACAGAAGUCGCAGGAUGCAACAGAUUUGUUUCUCCUGUGAGUCUAGUGGUAAACUAGCAGUGGGUGGUACCCUUAUUCAGUUAAUUAUGAUCCAAGGAAAACACUGGAAGAGAUGAGAUGAAGUGGUUUUAGUGCCAUUAGGGGUCCUUUAACUGUACUGCCCCUAAAAUAGUUUUUAAUUUAUUUAAUACCUUAAUUUCAGCUUCAUGAAAUAUACAUUUCUUCCCUCUUCACCUAUUCUAAAAUAAGGUCCAGCGCCAUAGAAUGUGUUAUGGCUUUCUAGAGUAAUUAUAAUUCAUAUUGAGAGUUAGCAGUGCUUAUCCCAGUGAUGCACAGAUAGAGUAUUAAAAUACAGCAUAAUACCAUUUUUCUUUUUUUGUAUAUUGUAGGUACUUUUCAACCAAACGUUUUUGAAUGAGAGAAGUGGAAUGAGAUAGCUAUGUAUUCUAUCUGUGGGUGCUGCUGGUUGAUAUAAUAAACCCUCAAAGCUGGGUUAACAAUUAAUCAGCAGUGACCUUAUUUAAUAUGGGAAGGAGAGCCAGAAAUGUGUGUUUUUAUUUCUCUGCUCUGUGGCACUGAGAGGACCAUUAAAUCUCAGGCUUUAACGAGGUGAAUGUGCCAGUUUCACAUAAAUGAAUAUGAAAGGUUAGUAGACAAGUAAGGCGACAAGUAAGAAAGAAAAACAAACACAUGUAAUUAGUUUAAGCCACAAUAUUCUGGUUAAAUGAAGAUGAAGUGGGUUUAUCCUUUUACAGUACACCUAGAAACAUAGAAUGUGACGGCAGAUAAGAACCAUUCGGCCCAUCUAGUCUGCCCAAUUUUCUAAAUACUUUCAUUAGUCCCUAGUCUUAUCUUAUAGUUAGGAUAGCCUUAUGCCUAUCCCACGCAUGCUUAAACUCCUUUACUGUGUUAACCUCUACCACUUCAGCUGGAAGGCUAAUCCAUGCAUCCACUACCCUCUCAGUAAAGUAAUACUUCCUGAUAUUAUUUUUAAACCUUUGUCCCUCUAAUUUAAGACUAUGUCCUCUUGUUGUGGUAGUUUUUCUUCUUUUAAAUAUAGUCUCCUCCUUUACUGUGUUGAUUCCCUUUAUAUAUUGAAAUGUUUCUAUCAUAUCCCCCCUGUCUCGUCUUUCCUCCAAGCUAUACAUGUUAAGAUCCUUUAACCUUUCCUGGUAAGUUUUAUCCCGCAAUCCAUGAACCAGUUUAGUAGCCCUUCUCUGAACCCUCUCUAAGGUAUCAAUAUCCUUCUGAAGAUACGGUCUCCAGUACUGUGUACAAUACUCCAAGUGGUUUGGAUUUUAUAUUUCACACUCUCCUCAUAAAGGGGAAUUUUCUUGUCUCCAUAGCAAUCUAUCCUGAAACUAAAUGCCUCCAUCUUAGUUCCCUGUGAAUCACUGUUAUAAACUCUCAACAUACUAUGUAAAAUAACAGAGAAGGUUCAGAUAGCAAACCUUACUGUUGUUUUUACUGUUUGACUGAACUGUCAGUUGUAAAAUGUUUAAAAGGGAAUGGAGCAAUACAUGAAUAACUGGUCAACACAAGUUAUGUCUUUCGAUGUUUUAUUCAUUGAUGUGAUUUUUCAGAAAAGUCAUGGGUCUCCUAAAACGUGGAUAUAUUGUAUGGUUAAUCAUUGAAGUUAUCCAAUUUGCAACACUCCUGAACAUCGGAACAUUUUCUGAAUAUUCUACAGGGAGCUACAAGGUUCAGUAACAACUAGAGCCCCCAUUAAAAUCAAUUGAACGCUCCACAGACACUGGCAUCGACUUUCUUUAUGAAACUUGACAGCAAGCACAAAAGAGAAUAGAAUGUUCCAUUAUUAUCACAGUGUGAAGGAAAAGAGGAGGGUUAUACUCCAUGGUAGUUUACUACUGCAACCAGUUAAGCCACAGUCACCAUCUAGCGGUCACUUUAGAAACGUUUCUCUUACAAAGCGUUAAAUCAAUGCUUACAUAUGAGUAUACUGGCAACUGCACAUAGCCUUGGCGGCUGCACUUUGGGACUCUCACUGUCGUUUUGCUGUGGCUUAUUUGCUAGGGUUGGCUCAAGGAACAGAAAGAUGCAGGUGUCUGUACUUUAUAUCAAAAUAAAAAUUUUUGUCCAGUCACAUCUUUACCCGCGACUCUGCUGCAGAGAAACUGGCGUUUUAGCAUUAUUGCUUUCAAAAUAUAUUUAACUUCAAGUUUCCCAGCGAUGCAUCAUUUAAUGAUUUCUUGUAUAAUGCCAUCUUGUGGCAGAUUGAAGGUAUGACAUUUUUGUUUCUUAGAAGAGCACAGACCACCACAAUAUACCAUGAGCUAUAGCUGUCAUGAAAGAGGGACUGUUGUGUUCUAAUGCAUGCAUCAGUUACAUUAUGCUAGUAGAUGUCACUGGUUUAAUGAACUGGUUUUAUUAUAUGAGGACAAUUGCUCCUUUAUCAUGGCAUCUAUAGGCAUUCUCCUAACUAUGAUGUAGAAAUAGGAGACCAAGAGGAAACGUUGUUGCCAGUUUUAAUGCUAGAUGGUAUUUUUCUUGCUCAGCACAUACAGUGCAUAAGUAACUUGUCAACAAUGUCAAAGUGCCCCAUACUUGUGGACAAUAUGAGUGAUUUCAGCUGCAUAUCGCUAAUGUCCGUAAUAAAUAAAUGCACACAAGAUCUUACAACUAGUUGUGAUUGUUAAAUUCUCCACUGCCUGUAAAAAUUUAUAUUUUUUUUAUGUAUUUACUUAUUUUUUGGAUGAAGUGUGCACUUGGUCUUCAGUAGACCUUUCCAAUGAAAUAAAAUUCUCAACAUUUUUAACAAAUAUGUUGGUUUUUAAUAAAUAUUUUAUUAAUCCUAACUAAUGGGUCUCCUUUCAUAUGAAGAAAAUUAACAUUUAAAUACCUGGCUUUUUGGUACUUUCAAGAUUAAGGUUGAAUUAUGAGGAAAUAAGCCUCUGUGUGUACCAUUUAACACAGUUCUUUCCUCCAUCUAAAUCUAAUUACCCGUCAUAAUGUAUUUUCUUUUUAUUUUGCAGAAUUGCUUAUUUUGAAACAAGUGCCGUUGAUGGAACUAAUGUCAACAAAGCCGUAGAUACUUUGCUGGACCUGAUCAUGAAGCGCAUGGAACGGUGUGUGGACAAGUCUUGGAUUCCCCAAGGGGUGGUUCGGUCCAAUGGCCACAGCUCUACGGAGCAGUUAACUGAGGACAAAGAAAAGGAGAAAUGUGGCUGCUGAGACAUCCCUAUGUUAAUAAAAAUUGAUAAAUAUGCCCCAUUCAAUAACCCCUUACCUUACGUACACUUUUUUUUUUUAGUGUACAGUCAAAGUUUUCUGUAUGAGUUCUGCAAAAUGCGCUCAUGUUUAAAUGUCUGUUUGCACACAGCGUGUACUGUUUUAUGAAAAACUAAAUGGUCAUUAUUUCAGAACUUAGCCUAAGGAGUGAUUGAGCCAGCCUUAUUCCAGCACUCAAAAAGGUUAAUACUACAAUACUGAAAUAUGUGCAAUAUCCGUUUUAUAUGCGUCACAAUUACAAUCCUCCACAUCCUUACUCAUAGGCAUAUCAAUUGUUGGGAAAGAAAAAAAAAAUAGCUCAUUGUGAGAUGUUGGAAUAUAGCAUUUUAUCUCUGGAGGUAGUGUUAGACUGGCCUCUUGUAAUAUAGGAAAUAUUAAUCCCCUGUUCCAAUAUUCUUAUAUGAACCAGAACCAGCCCAUUUUUUUAUGUAUGUGUGCACAUAUAUACUAAUGCAUAAAUUUUAUGUAAAAUUUCUUAUGUUUCAACAGGAAUUUAGGGCAGAAUAAAUACCAGCACAAUUUCAUCAGGGCUGGGGCUAAGCGAUGAAAUUGUAUGUGCCAAGUGUGCUUUUUGGGACUCUUUUUGGAUAGAGGCAGUUCCAUUUUGGUCCUGGUGAGACAUGCUUCACAGAUCUCAAUGUUGCGUGAUGCCUAAUUCUAAAUCUUGGGUUGGAAAAUGUUAAGUGGAUAAAGAUUUCAGUUGCUAUUUCUGCUUCUUCCUUUUGGUGUUAAAAUUGGUGUUUCUGGUUUUCUUUCUUUUCAUUUUUUGAUUAUUUUUUUCCUGCCAUCUGUAACUUUGAAAUAACGUAAAUUUGUGACACAUUUGUUGAUACAUAAAUACAAAAAAAAAAAAAAUGCCAAAACAAGUUCCUUAAUAAAAUGUGGUGGGUUUGUCUUUUUAUCCUUUCAAUAUCAGUGGCCAUUACAUUAUGGGUCACUCACCACUCAUCUAGCACAUGAGAGGUAAAAUUAAUUAAACAACAUAUUGCAUGAGUUCAAUAAAUUCUGAUUUUUUUUUUUUCCUCUCUAUAACACUGUAGUUCGUAGUAUUACAAACGUAAGCCUUGAUUUAAUAUUUUUGGACACGCUUUUUUUAAAUGAUAGAAUAUUUUUGGACAGACUUUUAAAAUUUCUCAAAAUAUUAAAAUAUGCAUAAAGUAUAUCCUACAUAAAAAAUAUUACAAUAGUUUUCAUAGUAUUGAACCAUUUGAAAAGAUAAUCCAAAAAUUUUACACUGCGGCCUAACACUUAAUAAAAAAAUAUACAUUUAUAUAUAAUGCAAUAACCUACACAGAUGUAUAGAAAUGGCAUUACUGUAUCAAGUGGUUUUGCAGAGAAAGUCUCCUUUACUAAAAUCACUAGGCUGUGUUUAUAGAAUUCCUAUGCCAACACUAUAUAACGUACCAUCAUGGCAUUUCCUAAAUACGCCCGUGUUCACACAACAAACCCCAACCACACUUUGCAGGAAAUAUUUAGCAACAUUCUUCCCUAUGAUCACAUACAUAGCAUGUUACUGUCAAUUAAGUGGCCACAGACUUUAUCAUCUCCGUGGCUUUUAAAGCUCUGUUUGUCCAGACUGGGUUAGCAUGAGUGCUAUUUUCUGUGAGGCUACAGUUUGAUUGUGGUCCCCAGGGCAGAUAAUCACACACAGUAGAACUGGCCUUAAGAGGCUGUAGGACUACAUGCUAUAAACUCUGUCUUUUAGGCAGGAAAUAGCAACAGGAUGUAUGGUAUCAGAGGUUUUACACUACUUUAUCAUGUUCCAGAACUGAUGUGACAGAUAUUACUGUAUGGUUCAGAGUAAAAUAUCUCUUCUCUAUAUUGGUUAAAACAUGAGAUCACUUAUCUAAGAAACUCGUAGUGCGUAUUGAUGAUGAUGGCGUUUGUGUCCUUAUUUGGUGGAGAAGAAAUACCAAAGACUAAAACAGCUUAAUUUGGAUGUUAGUGUGGUAUUCCAAAUGUAUCACAUUUCAUAUGUCAUCUUCAUGAUUGUAGGUCUGUCCCCUAUUCUUCAGUCAUAUUAAUGUAUUUUAUAGCUUGCUAUAGACUUGUGUAAUGGGUAAAUAAGAAAAUGUAAUCCAAAAUCCAAGGUGCCAACAAAAAACAUAACUUCAUGGCUUGCAGCUACUAUGGACUGUUACACCACCAAUCUCGGCCAGCAUCUUUCUUUUCUGCAGUUGCCAGACCUUAACUUUCAUCGCAAAAACUGAAAUGUGUGUAAGAGUUAUAGAAUCAGUCAUAUUUUAUUUAUUUUUUUUAAAUAAAAACAAUGAAUUUUUGAUAAGGUGGUAAAGCAGGGAUGGCCAUCCAAGAUCAUCUUUCCAAUUUUUGGCCAUUGACGGCCGUUGCUGAGAUGUUAAUUUCAGCAGUCUGUCUGCUGUAAUACAUCUAAUAGGUGAAAUAGACAAGUGCCUUUAUAGGCCAGCUGUCCAAAGAGUAAUCUUGUGUUUCUUUCACUGUGUAAGAAGUAUUUAAAAAGAUUUCACUGUGUCUGUAAAGGUUAGUUAGAUUUUGCACAGGACCAACUUUUUAAUUGGGACAGCCUAACACUUUAACUAUAAGAAAAAGGUUGUUCUUUCUUGGUUUUGUUUUUUUUUAUGGCUUGAAAUUAAGGUAAACAAAUAAAUAAAUGCCAUAUUUUUCAUGUUUGACUUUGUAUAAAACCAAAUCUUUAACAAGAUGUAUUACUACUAAUUGAAUAAUUAAAAAUAUAAUAUAUUCUGA